UAAUUUUAAAAAUACUUUAAGGGAGUUAGCUUCCUAGUGUCAAAAACUUUUUUUAAUUACUAGCUUCCUUAUUUAAUGAAUACUUUUUCGAAAAUGAUCCAAUCCUUAAAUUAUAUUGAAAGCAUUGCACCUAAUUUUUUAGUAUUAUUAAUUUACAGAUUAGAAAAUUAAGAUCACGACCUUAAUUUUUAUUAUUCCCUGCAAUAAUUCUUGGCCAAAAAUUAAAAUUAUCGAUGAGUAUAUAACCCGUUGACAGUAUUCUCGUCUCUUUAGAUCGUUACCUCAUCGAGUAAUGGUAAUGGAAGUUUUUACUUUGAUCUGUUGCAUGCGCUUGUAAACAUAUUUCAAACAAACUUUUAAAACGAAUGAAAGAAAAAUAGAAUAAAAGCAAAAAGGGAGGUAAAGAAAAUAAAAAGUGAGAGAGAGAGAAAAAGAAGAUGAUUUUUCGAGAAAAUCAUGAAAGAAGAGACAAAAAAGAUGUUGGAGGUGGAGAAAGAGGUGCGUGAAGUCGAAUGUCGAGUGAUGCCAAAGUUAAAUAUAAAUGUGGCGUCCCGACGCCUGUGUCACGACGCCCAUCCUGGACCAAUGAUCCAGUAGUUAGUCUCUUCGUGUUCUUCGUUGUGGGCUGGUUCCUAUCGAGAAAAAAAAUUUUUAAUAGGUCAUUGAUCAUUUUAUGUGAUAGUGGUUUUUAACAUUUUUUAUUGGCAUUUAUUUUUUUUUUUUUUGAGGGGGGGUAAUUACUCCUCGAGUCCGCCGCGGGUACCGAAGAAGUGCUUCGACAAUUCUUUAAUUACAAAAAAUCGAACGAAAAUUGUUUUACUUCUUGGAUUUAUAAUUUCAAUACUUCGAUUUCUGGGAGGUGAGUUUCGGUACUUCCUUUUCUUCUUCUUCUUUUUUCUUCUUUUUCCAUUAUUUUACCUUCAGUUGAGGCUCUUAAUUUUCAUUUUCUUUAAAAAAAUAUUCUUGAUAGCAUUUUUCAUGUUGUACCAGCUAAGUUAAUAAUUGUCCGCUUCAAGUAAAAAUCGGUAAAUUUUUCAUCUUUAUUUUUCCUUAUGACCAAAUGGCGAGCCAAAUGGUUCGAUUACUAAUUGAUGGUAAAAAAGCAAUUGAAAUCAAAAUCGACAGAGAUUUUCGUAUUAGGAGCAAAGCCAUAUUAGAGAAUACAAAUUAUUCUUAUUCGAAAAAUUUUAUUUUUAAAUAUUAAAAAAAUUCACGGUCAACAAGAAAAGUCAAGGGCGCUACAUCCAUCAGAGCGUUAAUCGCCAUAAGCGCUGCUUAACCCCGACGAUUAUUUACUUACCAUUUUCUCCCAUUGUCAUUAUUAUUAUAAACUUCUAUAGGGUCUAAAGUAAUAAUUAUUAUUAUUACAAUUAUUAUUAUAAUAAUAACAAUUACAAUUAUUGUUAUAAUAAUAAUUUAGAAGAUGUAGUGAAACAUACUUGAUAGUUUGUUUUGGAAAAAAAUAAUUAAUUGCUGGAGGAAUUAAGCGGGUCGUAAAAUACAAAUUUCCACAAAGAGGGCAUUCUUGCGGCUGUAAAUAUAAUCGUGUCAACUUCUGAAAUAUCCCUCUUUGGGGACAUUUAGAAUAUAUGUACAUUAUACUCUAAUAAAUAUAUGAGUGUGUAGCGGCGCUUGAAUAAAAAUAGAAAUUAGACUAAAUUUAAACGUCCUACACUCGGUAUCCGGACAAAAAUCUUUGGGAGCAUCGGACUCAUUUAAAUCGAAAAUCCGUCAACUCAAAAAUAUGACACUUUAUCCAAUUGUUACUCCAGGAUAUCAUACGAACGUCCUAAAGGUGUCCUAAAGGUGUCCUAAAGGUGUCCUAAAGGUGUCCGAAAAUUAUUAUGUUCGACUCCGAUUAAAAGUUAAUCAAUGAUUAAAGUCAUUUUAACCUCCCACGAUUGGUCGGUUAAGGAUUUAAUUUUUGAUUAACUGGGUAGGUUAAACUGGUCCGAUCAUAAAUUAAUUUUUGAUCUUUGUUGAUGAAACUGACCCUAAUUAUUGAUUAACUUUUUAAUCAGAUUUGGUGUAACUGGCCCCUAAUCUACAGUUAUUUAAAGUUUGGUAUUUUCUACAUUGAAUUAUGUUAAAUUUAGUGCGUGAUUCAAAUUUGUAUAUAUCAGGUGUAGCUGUCAGUUACAUUCAAUGCGUAUACGUUUUAGAACACACGUAUCACCUAUUUCCAUAGAGGAUUUGGCCUAAAGCCACAGAAACGAAUUAUAUAUUCACUGUCAUUAGGCGACCCAGAGUCACAUUAACGUUUUUCUACCACUGAUCCAUUUUUCUCUCUCGACAGAUUCCCUUAUUUUUGGUAGGGAUUCUCAAUAUUAUAAACUUCCAGAACUGUUUUCAACGUUCAGGGUGAGCGAACUGGGUUAAUUGUGAUUGGCUAGACUAGCAGAAUGUUACUACUGAUUAGAGAUUAGACCUAAUUUGGAAGAGACGUGAACAAUGUAAUAAUUUCAGUGAUGGGCGAUGCGGGAGUGAUUGACUCGUAGAAGAUGUCACAGCAUCCACAGAGAGGUGGACCGGGGGGAUAUGGAGCACCUGGGAAUUGGAGUGCGAGACCAAGUGCGCCGAGUCCCUUUCGGCCUGCGUCACCAUACAGUCCGAUGUCCUCGUCGCCACAUCCAUUUCAAUCGCCAGGUUCACAACAACAACAACAACAACAACACCGACCGCGUGCUCCAUCGACUCCAUUGUCUCAUGCUCGUCCAAUGUCACCAGUGACAUAUUUGGGAUCGAUGCAUCAUCCAAUGAGUCCGGUUCCGAUUGGGAUGCCCAUUUCACCGGGAAUGUCGCCGGUGUUUGGUUGUCCAUCGCCCGGUUUUAUUCAGUGUCCAAGACCACGUUGGCCUUCGUCCAUUUCUUCAGGAAACGCUGCACCCAGGCCGUACAUACCCACACAAAUGAUGAGCCCAGUGGGUAGUGGAACAACUUCUCCAGUACCUUGUGGACCACCCGAAUACCUAAUUGCCCCGUACAGACCGGGGGAAUACGAGUACGUCGGUGUUCCACUGGAACCUAAUCAAGAGGAGGACGAAUCAGGCCCCAGUACAGCAGAAAUUAUUGCCAGUCAAAGUCAGGAUUAUGUGGACGAGAAACUUGCCGAGUAUCAAGCGACUAUUCAUCAACUGCAAGAUGAGCAGGAAAGAGUGCAGAAAAAAACUUUUGUAAACUGGAUUAAUUCGUUUCUCCUAAAGCGCGUCCCUCCUCUUCGAAUAGACGACUUGAUUGAAGAUUUGAAAGACGGUACACGUCUACUUGCCUUAUUAGAAGUCCUCUCGGGUGAAAAAUUACCUUUGGAAAGGGGACGAAAUUUGAAGAGACCGCACUUCCUCAGCAAUGCCAAUACUGCACUACAAUUUUUACAGAGUAAAAAGAUUAAACUCGUGAAUAUAAAUUCAUCGGACCUUGUUGACGGUCGCCCUCCAGUUGUCCUAGGACUCAUUUGGACCAUAAUCCUUUACUUCCAGAUUGAGGAGAAUACCAGAGCCCUGGAAUAUUUGGGACAAACCUGGGGCAGUCAGAGCAGUCUCGAGAGUAUUGGAACUCAAAGUUCAGCGGCCAGCGAAAGGAAGCGGAUCAGUAGUGAGAAAUGGAAGCAAGGAGCGCGAAAGACUCUUCUUCAGUGGGUCACCAAUGCCCUGCCAAAGGAUUUGGGGAUUCAAGUGAGAGACUUUGGAGCAAGUUGGCGGGACGGAGUCGCAUUUCUAGCAAUAAUCGACGCAAUAAAAGCAAAUUUAAUCAACUUGGCCGAAUUGCGAGCGGCUACAAAUCGAAUUCGUUUAGAAACGGCUUUUCAAGUCGCCGAAACGGAAUUGGGAAUCGCUCGUCUUCUAGAUCCCGAGGACGUCGAUGUUCCCCAACCAGAUGAGAAAUCAAUUAUGACCUACGUGGCACAGUUUUUGCACAAAUAUCCCGAACCAAAAUCAACUGGACCCGAUUCGUUUGCUGCAAUUCAAGGCGAAUAUGAUUCUUUAUUGGGAUGGCUUAAUGAGAGAACCAGACAUUUGGAGCACUUCGAUAGAACCAACAGCUAUCCUCCAAAUUAUUCAGACUACACAACUUGUCAGAGUGAAAUUGACGAUAAAUUGCCUGUAUACAAGAAAUUGCAAAGUUUAGUCGACACGCCGAGUAUGAUCAGCAUUACUCGUGAUUCCUGGCGACAUAUACAAACUUUGUGGAAGAAACUAGAAUUACAGAUGUUGCGAUGGUUGUGGCUGCUGGAUUCAGCACUUCCGGGAGAAUUCGGUGAAUUGGGUAGGUGGCUAGCUCAGGGUGAGAUGAUGUUAAAUUCAGAUGACGACAUACCCGAGGAGAUGACCGAAGAGACAGCGAGUAUAAUUUCCAGAAAAUUGGAAGAUCAUAAGAAAUUCUUCCUCGAUUUACCAACAGUUGGGGAAAAGUUCCAUCAAUUAAGAUCGUCACCCCUAGUGAGACAAGUGCCUACCGAACAACUCGAAAACAUGGCUUUCAGAUUUGACAGUCUUCCAACGCGUGCUGCCAAAAGAAGAAUAAGACUCAAAUUUUUAGAGCACAAAUGUUGCCUAAUUGCAUUCCUCUUUCUUGUCGAGACAAAACUCAAAGGCUGGAGUAUUAAGUACGGUAGUGAGGAAAAGGUCCACGAUAUGCUCGAGCAAUAUAGAAAUUUUGUUUCUAGAAAUAGAAUAUUUCAGGAGUUUCAAAAGGCCUAUUUGGACAUGCAACAGGUUGUUGAUGAAUAUAAACGAGAAGGAGAUAUUGAUGGUGAGGAAAGUUUUUGUAUUGAUCGUUUUAUGAGGGAAACUGGUGAGAAAUGGAAAAAUGUGUCGAUGGAUCUUCGUUGCGUGCAGAGUAUGCUGGAGGAAGUUGUUGCCUAUUGGCGACGCUGGAAAUUGGUUUCAGACGAAUUUGAAAAUUGGUUAAUAAAAGCUGAACCGGCUUUGAAUUUACCUGAAGAAGAGAAAAUGGAAUUCUUCCAGGACAUCAGCGUUUGGAAGGAUAAAUAUCAACAGAUGUCGGACACCGUCAGUUUUCUAAUUGCCACCUCCGACGAACAGGUUGCACUGCGACUGAAGGACAAAUACCUAAAUUUGACAUCAAGAUGGGAGAGACUGUUCCAAGAUGCAAAGCAGUACAUGCACGCUGGGGAUUUGUUGCGAAACAGAAAAGACUACAGAUCAGGGGUAGAAGUACUCCAAGCCUGGUUAAAGAAAGCCGAUUCUGAUCUAUCAACAACUCAGCUAACAUCGACCGAAAAGAUAAAAAACUAUGGCGAACGGUUGAAAAUCCUCCACGAUCAAGUCGAAGGCAUCGAGGAACUCUUCAAAAACAUCAGCAAAAAAUUCCAAACCCUAAUUCAAGAUCUCUCCAGAGACGAGGUGGAUAAAAUGAUGAACACAUUGAAAAAGGAGAAAGAAACCUUGGUCCGUGUCCGUGCUCUAAUUCCAAUGCAACUACAUCUCUAUCACCAACUACUGGUGCAACAGGAAUCACUAGAAUCAGGUCAAAAAGAAAUAUCCUCAUGGUUAGACGAAGCCGAACAUCUGCUAGCGAGUUACAAUCUCUCCGGUGGCAGAGAUUCCGCCCUCGCUCAACUCGAUCGACACAAGGCCUUCUUCUCAAGAAUUUUAUACUACAAAUCAAUGCUCGAAUCAAAGAACAAAGUCUUCUCCAGUAUCGUCAAAUCCGUCGACGCUCACGCCGAUGUCAACAAAGCCGAGGGUGGAGUCGAACUAAGACAACUGAACGAUCGUUUCGCCAAUGUCUUCCAAUCGGCCCAAAUCUGGGAGCAAAAACUCCAGGAGGCCGUUCGUUGUUGGACAAAAUAUCGCGAAUGCGAGAGACAAAUUUCCGAAUGGCUCCUCACUGCCGAGACGCUAAUCAACGACAAACAUAUCGAUAAUCGCCAAUCCGUUGAAUAUCACAAAAAUUUCUUUGGUAAAGUGAAUGAAAAAUGGAUUCAAGAUCUUGUUAAUGCUGGUCAUGACUUGAGAAAUUCGCUACCUGCGGAACAACAGGCACCGGUUGUUGAAGCCGUUGACGCACUGCAGAGACGUUGGAAGGAGGUUCUAUCAUUUGCACCACUGCACUUGAUGAGGCUCGAAUUCAGACUCGAUGAAACGGCCUUCACGCAGUAUCUCAAGGAAAUUGAAAUGGAAAUCAAUGCCGAGCAACAGGCUCUCAUUAAGAACGAAGACGUUGGUACGAUUCUUCAGAGGAACAAGGAAUUCUUCAUCAAUCGGGGAAUUAUUGCCAAAGUCGAACACAGUUUGGAGUCGUUGAGAAAAAUUACAUCCGCUUACAGUCAAUUGGAGCCGAAUGAUAAUUUCCUGGAUGAAACAACAAAGAGGGCUGAAAAAUUGUGGCACGACGUUCAUCAACGUGUCAAUCAUCUCAAGCAACAACUUCGUCAGGUUCCCGAACAAUGGGCUGCUUACAGACAAAAAUUCAUGGAAAUGGUUCGUUGGAUGGAUCAAGUGGACGGUACGCUAAGAUCCAUUUUGCAAGAAGUGACAUCAGUGGAGGAAUUCGAGAGGGAGAAGACAGUCUUCCAGAACGUCUGCCAGGAGGCUGACAAUCAACGCGAGGCGAUGAAGUGGUUGGUCCAAACUCUAGACAGUUUGACAUCAAACAGAUCGGAUCAUGAAGCAAUAACGGAGCAAAAACACCUCGAACAAUUGAUAACUCGCUAUAAAAAUCUAAUCCCAACUAUCGAGAUUACAAUGACAAAGACCGAAAUUUACUCCAAAAGUUAUACCUACAGAAAAGAGGUUCGAGAAGUUUGCACCCUCCUUCGAAAAGUUUGGGAACAAUCCACAGUUCCUGUGAGUGUCGAGAGUCCAGAGAAGGUAAAAGAUGCUGUCAAACACCAGGAGACUCGUAUCACGCAACUAGAGCAGCAGAGGGCAAACAUUGUCAGUAUGCUACAGCGAGGAAAGGAUCUUCUCAAGGAUCAACACGUCCCAAUGUUCAUUUCGUCAGAAGUGCAACAAUUAGAGUCCAGUUGGAAUGAUGCCUACGGACAGAGUAUGGAAGCACUGAAGAAUUUGAAACUCUCCGAGAAAUUGUGGAACGCCUACGAUGAGCAGAAACGGCAAAUUUUGAAAUUAAUCGCCCAAGCUGAGGAGGAUCUAAAGAACUCUAGACUGGGAGGAUAUUACGACACCACAAAAAUUCAAACCGAUUUGCAAAAACAGGAGAAAUUGAGCCAAACUCUAAGAAAGGACGCCGCGGAAAUGUUGAGACAAUUGCGAGAGACUCAGGAGAGUCUGUGUUCAGUGACCUCUUCCGAAAGACAACCGCAAUUGACAAUAGAAGUUCAGGAGACAAAGAAGAAAUUAGAAACAACGCUCGAGAGAGUUGAGAAAAAGGUGGUCGAACUCAAGGAAUACAAUGUCAAGUGGAACGCUUUUCAGACAAAACUUACGGAUCUUAAAAAUUGGACACAAAACGCUCCGCAAUCGAUCGCCAGUAUCGAUUCGUCAACAUCUCCCGAGGAGAGAGUGCGAAGAACGGAGAAUUUGCAAAAACACAUUCAGGAGAAGAUGGAAAUUGUCAAAGUUCUGGAAAAGGAAUCAAAGACCCUUGUUCCAGUUGAUGAUCAUCCAGAGGCGAUAGUUCUCAGGGAUAGAAUAAUGACGAUCCGCAAACAAGUGGAACUGUUAAACGGAAGCAUUGCUGAUCAACGAAAUUUAGCCGCGGAAAAUUUACAAGCUUGGAAGGAAUACGAGCUUGGAAUUCAAAAACUAAAACCAUGGAUAGAGGAAGCCGAGGGUAAAGUAGCAAUGAUUGGGACGAAACCAGCGACUUUGGUUCAAGCGACCGAAAUGCUUCGUACGGCCAAGGAAUUCGAGAAAAAGUGCGACCAAUAUUUACCUCAACUUCAGGAACUCACGACAAAGAGUCAUCAUAUCGCUGGUAAGGGUGCAGCACCCGAUGAAGUCGAUGCGGUCAACACUCGUUGGAAUGCGGUUCACGAUAUUGCUGUCCAAACGACAACCAAACUGGACAAAUUGGUAUCAUCAUGGAAUACGCUCGAGCAAGACGCCAAACAAUUCAAUGAGUGGUUGCAGAAAAGCGAGAAGGCUUCACUAAUCGAACCAAAUAUCCAGACACCAGAAAUCAGUAAACUGGAGCAAGAACUCUCCAGAAUGAAGAACUUCAACAAGGACAUUUCCGAUCAUCAAGCUCAACUCGUUUCCCUCACUCAAGUCUCGGAUCACAUCAGUCACGGUCUGUCUAUUGAAGGAGCAACGAAUCUAAAGGGCAGAGUUUCGGAAAUGAAGACCCGAGUGAACAAACUCGCGGACACUGUUCGUCAUCAGAUAAACAAAUUAUCAGAUGCUUUGCUCGCGAGACAAGAGUUCCAGAUCAAGAUAACCGAUUUCGAUAAUUGGAUGAGUAGACUAAGGACGUACAUUGCUGAAAUUAGCAACGUUGAUGUAGAUAAUGUUGACACCAGUCUGCAAGCAGUUCAUGCGUUACUGCAGGAACACUCUGAAAAGCAAUCCAAUUUUACGAUCAUCUAUGACGAAGUGAAAACCCUAACGAACUCCAGUUCUCCCCAGGAAGCUGCGGUUUUGGACGAUGUAUACAGUUCCUUGGCGGAUAAGUACAAUAACCUCGAGGAGGAUCUGCAGCGAAAGAAGAAAGGUCUAGAGAAGUGGGUCGAACUUCUAAAUUGGCAGAACGAAGCAAGCGCCCAAUUGACCCACUGCAAGUAUCAAUCCGAAGCGCGAAAACCCACAAUCACCGAUUUGGAGACCAUCUCCUCAGAAUUGCAGAUCAUUCAAUCGAAAAUAAACUCCUGGAAAGAGCAGACUCCCAUGAUGGACACCAUUCUUGGAAUUCGCAUCCAGAAUAAGGAAUCCAAACCCCUAAUUGCUUCCGAAUUGGUAAACCGACUAGAAAGUCAGGCCUUGUCGCUAAGAACCGAAUUAGCCACAAAGAGAGACAAACUCCAAAGUCUUGGAGCAAAGUGGGACAAUUUCAGAAAAUUACAACAGAAAAUAAAUGAGGACAUUGUCACCACACAGACAGUACUUCAAGAAAUUACUCUCGACGUUGACACUUGUGAAAAACUUUCCCCCACUAUCGAGAGGAUCAAUGACCUCAUCCAACAACACCAGGAGUGUGUUACCGAAAAAGACCAACUCCACAGGGAAGGAGACACACUCCUGAAAGAAGAUCAACGAGCAAUGACCAAUAUUCAAGUCGUUCUAUCGUCAGUCGACUCUAAUUGGGAGAAAGUAAACGAUCUACUCCUAGAAUCGAAGAAAAAGUACCAGGAGAUGGAAAAUGAUUGGAGACACUAUCAGGAAUCAAGGGAAAAAUUAAACAUCCUGCUCGAAGAGUCAAGAAAUUUGUGCCAAUCAGCAAAAGAAGUGCCAAACGACAUAACCCAAGCGACGGUAAUUUUGGAUCGAUACAAACGAGAACUUGAUACACUAAAAAGAGGAAAACAGUUCCUGGAGAAAAUGGAGGUGAAGACCCAGCAAAUCCUCAAGGAAGCAUCCCUGAUGCCUUCGUUCAAAACCGAGUCGAUAGAAUCCGACGUUACUGGCAUCAGACAAGAGUAUCAAAAGAUCUACUCGAACGUAAUUGAAAAAACGCAGAUAUUCGAAACCCAAGUCGCAAUUUGGAAGCAACUCGACGAGGGGAAGUAUGACCUAACAAGAUGGUUGAGCGACACUAACGAUGCUAUCACGUCGGCUAUUGAACGUCUCUCGGACGCUGAAUCGGGACAAGCCAAAUUAGCCAAGUACCAAGAGGAACUACCAUCGUAUCAGACGAUUCGUCAGGGAAUUUAUGCGAAGAUCCAACAACUAGUUAAACUCAACAACGGUGUCGACAUCCCGACUCUGAAUUCCUUGAAUCAGCUCCUGGACGAUCAGUUCAAGUUGGUUAAGGAAUCAGCCGAGAAGUUAGAAUCCCUAACAACCAAUUUGAGCGAAAAGGAAAAAAUGAUUCGACACGAUUUAAAAUCAGCAGGGGAAAUUGUAUCCAAAAUCCGAGAGGACAUCAUCAAGUGCGACGAUCUCACUGGCGAGAAUACGAAAAUUUUGAGCAGGAUCAACAAAUGCCAGGAACUAAAGCAAGAACUAGAGAAAUGCGAUUAUUCCCUAUCCAAGAUCAAUGAGAAAUUAACCGAAAUGACGUCGACCUAUCCCUCGAUUUCGAGAUCAAGUUUACCGAAAGAACUCCAGGCACUGCAGCUCCGAAGAGACGGAGUCGCGAACCACGCUGAUAAAGUAAACGCAACUUUGGUCGCAUUCCUAACUAAACUCUACCACGAGAAAUUCGGAGCCCUCCAAAGAAUGGUGGCCGUCCACAAGGAGAAGAUUGCUUGGUGUGAACCCGAGCAAACAAGUGACAAGUACAAUCUCGAAGUUAAAAUGUCUUCCCUAAAGGACAUUGCGACCGGAAUUGCCGACUGUGAAACUAGGAAAGAAGACAGUGACAACUUCAUCAAAUUGCUAGAAACAGUGGAGAGCUUCGAAACAAUGUCGAACCUACACGCAGAACGUGAGAAAGUGACAAAUGAUCUUGAUAAUCUCAAGACUAAUUAUCAGAAGAUUAAAAAUAUUCUCGAGUCAAAUAUUGAACUGUGGCAAAACUAUGAAACACUUUCCAAAAAUUUAGGAGCAGUCCUCAAGGACUUGGAAAACAAGAUCAGAAUCGAAGGUUCCUUGAUCGAUCCUUUGGAAAUUGAGGAAAAAAUCAAGGAUACGGAGAACCUACAAAGAAAGGUCGAUGAAUACCAAAAGGAUCUGACGGAUCUCACCAACUUAGGGGAGCAGAUAACGAGAGUUAAUUCCGAGUCUCGAGUCGGACAGUACGUGGGUCAUCUCAAUGGGAGAUAUCAAUCAAUUCGAAAAUUCUUGUCUCAGCACUUGAAGAAAUUGGAAGAACUCCGGAAUACUAGAAAUCAGUACAAGAACAGUGUGUCGGAACUAGAAGACUGGCUCACAAUCAAGGAGAAACAACUGAACAGUUUUGAUGAAAUCACCGGACCCAAGCCAAUCAGUUUCUAUCAGAACAAACUCAAGGAACUAAAGAUCUUUAACGAGAAACGAGAAGAGGGAUUAGUGAUCCUAAAUCGAACGGUCGAGGCAGGUGAGAAUUUGUAUUCGAAAAUAAAUUCCAAUCAUCGGGAAAUUAUACGCUCGGAUCUGCGUAAUCUGAGAAAUAGAGUCGAUGCCCUAACUGAUCGAGGGAAUGCAGCUUAUAAGAAAAUCGAAAGCGACAUGAUGCAUAGAUCAUCGUUCGAGGACAAGUACACCCAAGUGAAGCGCUGGGUAAUAGACGCGCAAUCAAAACUCAACGAAAUGCAGGAUCUCCAACCAAAUCUCCAGGAGAAGAAAAUUGCACUCAAUUCUUACAAGACGAUCGCUCAUGAUGUGGGUAUUCAUAAGAAUAUUUUACAACAACUGGAAGAGCGCUUGGACAGUGUUCCUGACGACGAGUCUACUGAUAUGCUCUCUAGCGUCAUUGAGAGUUACGACAAACUUGCCGAGAGCGUCGAGGGAAAAGUGAAUGUCGCCGAGAAAUUUGUAGCCAAUCAUGAAGCUUAUCUCCAAACUUUCGAUAAAAUGCGUGACUGGAUAAACACAAUCGUCAGUGAGUCGAAUCCCCUUCUGGAUGACUUGCCAAUCGAGAGGGAAGCUGCGAAAGCCAAGAUCACUCUCAUCGAGAAUACUCUCCAGCAGAAACUCGAAGGCGAUCGUCUAAUUGAUGACUGUAAUCAACAAUUGAAUAUUAUUCUCGAACAGACUUCGAUAGCCGGUCAUCCAGUUCUUCUAAAAUCCUUUGACGAUCAAAAGAAAAUUUGGCAAGAAUUCCUCAACAAGUGUCAAAUAUCCCGGGAGAGAUUGAACGGCCUCUUUGAUCACUGGUCAGAAUUCGAGAAAAUGAUCCAGGAGUUGGAGAAUUGGACCAAGCAGAUAGAGAGUCAAGUCAAGGAUCAAAGUCUAAAGAGCACCCAAGAGGCGAAAAAGUCCCAUUUGCAAAAACUCAGGAGUCUUGAAGUCGAGAUUGCUUCCAAAGCACCGGAUCUGAACGCAGCGAUCGAAAAGAGUCAGAGAGUCGAGGCUGAAACGGAACUCGUGAAUAGAAUAUCAAGACAAGCGACCAAGUACCAAGGGAUCAAGAAUCAAGUAAAGGAAGCCGUGACCCGCUACGAAGAGUUUCUCAAGGAGCACGAAAUCUUCAAUGAACGUUACAAUAAAUUCAUCCAGUGGAUCAAGGAACUCGAGGACGAAUUAUCGAAACACAGUGAAAUUGUCGGCGACCUUUCCAUACUCCAAAAUCGUCAGAAGAGCAUCCGCAAUCUCGGUGACACAAGAACGAAAGAGAAUUCUCAAUUCGAGUCGAUAAUCGAUCUUGGUGAGAAACUGUACUCGCACACAUCGCCAGAGGGUCGGGAAAUAGUUCGCCAACAGUUGAGAAAUCUCCGAACACUCUGGGAUCGUUUCUCCGAGGAUCUUCAAAACUCGACACAAAAACUCGAUCAGUGCCUAAUGCAAUUCGCCGAAUUCUCAUUGUCUCAGGAGCAAUUAACAGCUUGGUUGCGUGACGUCGAGAGAGCGAUGCACCAGCACACGGAACUAAAGUCAACACUCGAGGAGAAAAGGGCACAACUACAAAACCACAAAAUUAUGCAUCAGGAAAUUAUGUCCCAUCAAACACUGGUCGAGUCGGUUUGCGAUAAGGCGCAGCAAUUGGUCGAUCAGACCAAGGACACAUCGUUGAAUGUUUACCUACAGUCGAUAAAGCAGCUGUUUCAGAAUAUAGUCUCCAAAUCACGGGAUUUAUUGGAGAACUUGGAGGACUGUGCCGAGAAGCAUAAUCGAUUCAAUUUGAGAUGUAUCGCUUUCAACGAUUGGCUGGCACUUGAGAUUGAGAUGCUGAACGAAUGUAAUGAUGUUUCUGGUGAGAGGAGUGAGAUUUCUAGAAGACUAGCAACUUUGGCUGUUCUGUCCGAGAGGAAGAAUCAAGGGAACGACAUGCUGAGGGAAUUGAAAGAAUUGGCUAAUGCUGUUGCCAAGAGUACUGCUCCCAAGGGUCAGGAAUUUGUUAAUAAGGAAUUAGCGGAAUUGGAGGAGGCUCUGAAUCAACAUCGAAGGGAAAUUGAUUCGACGAGAGACAGGCAAAAUGAAGCACUCAGGAAAUGGCAAGACUUUGAAGAUCAGUUGGAAGCCCAUUCAAGUUGGCUCCGUCCUCUAGAAGCAGCGUUUAGGGACCAAAUGCUACAACCAACUUUGAGGGACAAGGAGGAACGUCUUCAGGAAUUUAAGGAGAAACGAGAGAUCCUCGUCAGAUGUGAGAAGCAAAUCGAUGAAUUUGUCGACAAUUCGCAUGGUCUCCUAAAUUCGAGUGGAGUCGAGAGGAUCCAGCCUCUGAUUCUGAGUGUAGACAAUAGGUAUCGUCAAUUACUAGCAAGGAGCAAGCAGGUAAUUAACGAACGUCAAGAUAUUGUCGACGAACACAAAGUCUACGAUGAAGAGCUGAAAGCAACAGAAGUCUGGCUCUCGCCCCUCGAGGAAAAACUCAUCGCCCUUAGAGAGGAGGAAGUCGGUGGGAAUUUAACAGCUAAAGGUUCAAGACUACAAGUCCUGCUUGCCGAGAAAGACCAAGCGGAACACAGACUAUCGAAAUUAAUCGCAACCAGUGAGAGAGUAUUUCCAACAACAUCUGCUCAAGGUCGGGAGCAAAUUAGACAAGAGGUGAGGAAAAUUAGAGAAAGAUGGGACAACGUUAACGAAGGGAUUGUCGAGCAACAGAAAAAACAGGACGCCCAAAGUAUUCAGUGGUCCAACUAUCAGGAAAACUUACAACAAAUUUUGUCCUGGCUGGAGGGAAUGGAGAGAACCGUAAAGCAAGAUUCCACCACUGGUUGGACAUCUCUACAGGAGGUGCGAUCAAAAUUACUAAAGAACAAAGCUAUUCACCAGGAGAUACUGUCCCACAAGCGAAUAAUCGAGGGCCUCACCGAGAAAGCAUCUUCCAUGGCUCAAUUAUCCCAAACGGCGAUCGACGAAUCAAUCCAAAAAAUCGAUUCCAUAUCCCAACGAUAUCAAAACCUGUUGGAAACGUCACAAAAGAGUGUCAGUAAUCUAGAAUCAAUUCUCGAUUUUCUGCAACAGUUUCACGACCUACAGAAAUCGUACCAAAAUUACCAGAAGCAGCAAUGGGAGUCCUUGGGGAAUUACAACGAUUCCACGGGCAAUAAAGCCGCACUACAAGCCAGACUACUCAAAAUCAUCGAAAUUCAGGACAACCUUAGCGAAGGUGAAGUGAAAUUAAACCUCCUCGAGAAGCACGUCUCACAAAAUAUCCACACACUCUCUCCAAGAUCGCAAGAGUCCAUGGAGCGAGAUUUGACGAACCUAAAACUGGAACAAACUAAAUUCACAAACGCCGUGAGUGACGCCGUGCGCAAUAUCGAGGAACGAAUACAACAGUGGAGUGAAUACGAAAAUUCACUCGAACGUCUACUCAUCUGGCUGGCGGAUGCCGAAGGUUCUUUAAAGAACUACAGCCUUAAGAAUACAAUCGAAGAGAAGCAGGAGCAACUGGAAAAAUAUCAGGAUCUACUAAAAAUAAUGGAAGUACGGAACACUGAUGCAAUGGAAUUGGUGGCUCUUGGUGACCACCUUGAUCAAUCUUUGUUGGUGAAUCUGAGGCAAAAUGAAGCUGAGUUCGAUAAAAUGAGUGACGAUUCAUCCGAUUUGGUUCAGAUUAGUGGCGAGACGAGAUUUUCUGCUAGUGUUCAACAAGUGACUUCUAGAUUUCAAUCAAUUCAAACGACAGCUAAGGAGUUGGUGAAAAAGUGCGAUCAAGCAACCUCCGAUCACGCGGCCUAUUUAGAUAAAUAUAAAGAAUGUUUGGAACGUUUAUCAACUGCUCAGCAGUGUUAUCAAAAUAUACGUGACAAUAUUUCUGGAAUGCGCGAAGAAUUAGUUCAAUUGGUUGAAACUCUGAAUGAAUUACUCUCGAGGCAAGCUUCACUGUCCUUACUCGUGAAUUCCACUGUUGAAGCUGGUGAACGUAUUUAUCCAACAACCGGAAAGGAAGGACGAGAAAUAAUUCGUCAACAGCUAAUUGAUCUCCAGCAGGCAUUCGAAACGCUUUUCGAUGGAGUCACUUCCACCGAACGAGAAAUAAGAGCGAAAAUCUUCUGCUGGUCUGGAUUCGAUGAGUGCAGUGAGGCCUUUGAUAAGUGGCUCAAGAUUGCCGAAACUCAUCUUAAACCGGAAAUGGAAUUGAAAAAUACACUCGACGAGAAGCGAGCUCAGUUGCAAAUCUAUCGAACAUUCUUACAUGAUGCGCAAAUUCAUCAGCAAGAUUUAUUAAAUCUUCGAGAUAAGGCCGAUAAUUUACCUGACGGAUCGGAGAGAAUUGACAGUGUCCUGAAGGAAUUAGGCAAACGUCACGCUGCUGUUUUAAAAUGUGCUGCCGGAUUUGUAGAAAAGUACGAAGCGAUUGUCAGUGAUCAUCAGCAAUACAGUAAGGCUGUUCUGGACACUCAUGAGUGGCUGGACGCGACUCAAAAUGCAGUCAAUCUCUGGGGUGACGCAGAAAUUGAGAGAGUAUCACUUCACACAAAUUUGGAUCGCUUGAGAAACUUGCUGCAAACUUUGCCCGAGGAGGAGCCGAGAAUACGACAAAUCCGCAAUCUUGGAGAGAAAGUAAUUCCCGGAACUCUAGAAAGUGGACAGAUUAACAUAAGAUCACAAAUUGAUUCAUCACAACAGGAAUGGGAAAGCCUUGUGUCAACCGUUAAAUCGACUCUAGAAAAUCUAGAACAAAAAUUACAACAGUGGAAUGAAUUUGAAAUUUCUAGAGACAAGUGUCUUGUCUGGAUUCGUGAGACUGAUACGAAAUUACAUGCGAUUGAUUUAAAAGCAGCAUUAACGGAGAAGAAAGAUCAAUUAGAAAAAUUGAGAGUCCUGCAAGGUGAAGUUCGAGCCAAGGAACUUGAAAUCGAUGCCGUUUCCGAGAGGGCGCAAGUAUUGCACAAGAAUCUAACUUCCCGUUCGUCGCAAACAUCAGAGUUGGGAGUCAAGUAUCAACAGAUUUCCUCCAAAGUGAAGGAGUUGAACAAUCGUUGGCAGCAAUAUGUCACCAGUCAUCAAGAAUUUGCCAACAAACUUUCCGAAUGCUCAGCAUGGCUCGAGGAUAUCAAGACAAAGUUAGCUUACUGUUCGGAUUUGAGUACAUCCACCCAGAAGGAUUUGGAGAAGAAAUUGGACAUGAUCCAAGACAUGUUGCUCUACAAAGAUGAUGGUUUCGCUAAAGUUCAAUGUAUUGUAGAAUUGGCUCAAGUUGUUUUGGCCAAUACGGCUCCAACCGGACAUCAAGCGAUCAAUGACGCUUUGACAAAAGUUCAAGAACAGUGGCGAUCAUUAGCCUUGAAGAUGAUUGAAACCAAGACGAAUCUCGAUGAUCUUAUCAACAAAUGGGCUGGACUGUUGGAGCAAAUACAAUCAAUCAAUAGGACCGUGGAGUACAUGCAAUCAUCCGUUGAUGAGAUCUCCCAAUUCCAGGGAACAAUGACAGAGAAACGUUCCCAAUUGGAAAGGGUAAAAGCCCUUGAGGAAAAGGUCCGUUGCGAAAAUAUCGAAGUCGAUAGUCUCAAGUCUAAAGUCGCUGAAAUGAUCAGCAGUGGUCAGCAAAGUUUGGCAACGUCAGAGGCUCAGGAAAUUCUUUCUAAAUUCGACACUUUGUCGGAGAGAAUUAAAUCACUGUUAACUGAACGGGAGGAUCAGUACAAGGAUCAUCGAAUAUAUAAGGAAGCUCAUGAUGAUCUAAUCGGUUGGCUGAGUCGAGCGAGGGAGAAAAUACCCUCCAUGAAGCAACGUCCUCUCAGUGACAAGUUGGCUAUCGAAAACGCCGUCACCCCACUAGAAGGUUUAUUGAACAAGAAAGCUCAAGGCGAACUUCUGGUUGAACAUCUUCAACACACCGGAAAUGUUGUCUGCGCAAGUACCAGUCCACAAGGACAACAGGUCAUUAACAACGAAAUGCGCGCCCUGACCGAGAGUUUCGAAAAUCUGUUCAAAGACCUGAAGCAUCAAAAGGAUCAACUCGAGGCAACAGUGAGUAAAUGGCGAGAUUACAAGGACGAGUACGAACGAAUCAGCGACUGGUUGCAACAAAUUGACAUUUUAAUCAAAGCACAAAAAAAUGCCCUCCUACCGAAUAUUCAGGAGAAGGAAAAACAAGUGAAAGAGGUCAAGGAUAUUCUGAACGACCUAACGAAGGGUCAGGACCAAAUUGACAAAUUCAAUAAACUCGCUUCUUGCCUUCUCACAACACAGCUGGACACCUACAUCAACAACCAACUUCGUCACCUCAACUCCAGAUAUCAAGUUCAAGUGAACCUGGCGAAAGAUGUUCUGAACAAGGUUGAGACAAAUUUGGCGCAACAUAAAGAGUACGAGAAGAAUCUAGGCAAAGCUCGUGACUGGAUAGAGAACGCGAAGCAGAUAAUCCGUCAAGGGACGGAAGCCGUAUCCACCAGUAGUAGAGAAGAAUUCCAAAGUCGAUUGGACCAAAUUCAGGAACUACUGAGGAAGCGGGAAGAGGGACAAAAUCUCGUGCAUCUAACGGUGAAUUGCGGCGAAAAGGUAAUGAGAAACACAAGAUCUGACGGACGGGAAGAAAUCGCAAACCAACUCAAGGAGAUCCAAAACGAUUGGGAGCGUUUGGUGAAGAAAAUUUCGACAACAAAAGUCCAUUUGGAGACGAGUCUUCUCCAAUGGGCGGACUACAGUUCAUCGUAUUCGCAACUACAACAGUGGAUUAAUGAUCGAGAAGCGAAAUUACAACAAGUCUGUGAGCAAAAAGUAUCCAAGGCCAGAAAAGGUCUAGCUGGUCUCAGCUCGCUUGCGAUUGGCGAACGAAAAGCCAAUCUCCGUCAAACGAAUAGCAUCGUCCAGGAUAUCGUUGCUUUCGAGCCCAUGAUUCAGUCAGUAACCACAAAGGCCGAGGACCUUCAGCAAGCGACACCAGCCACGGAAAUAUCCAUCAAAUACGAAACCCUCAGUAAACAAGCCCAGGAACUUUAUGCCAAACAAAAGGAAACCGUAGAACAACAUCAAGCAUUCAUUGACAGUGGAAACGAAUUCAUCCAAUGGAUCCGUGUAGCGAAGGAACGUCUAGGCAAGUGUUCCGAACCAACCGGCGACAAAGAAUCCCUAGCCAGCAAAAUAACUCAACUCAAAGUUCUCCAAAGUGAUCUACCCGAGGGUCAGAAGAAAUUGGAGAACGCCCUCGAACAGGGAAAUUUGGCCUGUCAAAUAGCCGAUGCGGACGACAAGGAAAUAAUCGAGGAGGAAGUCGCUCUCCUUCAGGAGGAAUACGACAACUACAUCGAUUCACUGAACAAUACCAAGAGUCUGUUGGAAAUUGGAAUUGUCAAGUGGACAGAGUAUGAGGAUCAGUAUUCCGAAGCUGUCGAGUGGCUGAACCAAACCGAACAAUUGGUACAAUCGUUCAACAAACUUCAGAACAGCUUAGAGGAGAAGAAAAAUGUCCUCGAACAAUUUCAAGUUCAUCUGCAGACACUCUUUGAUUGGCAGAGGGAACUCGAUCGACUCAACAUGAAGGCGCAAGUUCUUUUGGAGACGUGUGCUGAUACAAGAAUUUCGAACGCAAUCACCCAACUGACAACAAAGUACAAUGCCAUUUUGUCCCUCGCUAAGGAAAUAAUGAGGAGACUCGAACUCCAUUAUCAGGAGCAUCAACAACACAAUACGUUGUAUCAGGAAUGUCAAGACUGGAUUGAGAGAACAAGAGACAAACUGGUUGAGUGUAAGGACAUUCCAAAUACACUCACCGAAGUGAAUAACAAACUACAGACCUGUAAGACCAUCCGUCAGACAUUGGAACAGGGACAAAAUAAACUUCGCUACGCUCUGGAAUUGAAGGAGAAGGUCAUCAUGAAUACCGAGCAGAAUGGCGCCGCUAAAAUCCAGGAGAACACUGAAAAUCUAAAAGCAGAUUUCGAAAAACUAUUGAAUGACGUUGAGGAGGUGAGACAGAAACUAGCCUCUAGGGCUGCUGUUCUGGAAGAGUUAAAUAAAAUGCACAGGUUAAUUGUCGACUGGAUUGAGGAGGUGGAAAGCAAAGUUCAGCUAGAAGAGGUUUAUAGGAACGACCUCAGUGAAAAGAGGGCUCUACUCGAAAAAUACAAAGCAGUCCAAAGGGACGUUCAGGCGCACGGUGAGAAUAUUGAUCGUCUAAAGAGCAGAUUAGUCGAAGACGGGAAUAUCCCAACGACUCCCUAUGAACCAACCCUGGCGAAAUAUGAAUAUCUGCAAAAAUUAGUAGCCCAGAAAGUCAAGAGUCUCGAGAAUCAGGUAAAGGAGCACGAAAAUUACCAACAAUCGUACAAUGAUGCCGCUGAUUGGGUUCGAGAAACCAGAGUCGAAUUACAGCACAAUAAUGACACUCAUGGUGAGAAGGACAAAGUUCUAGAACGCGAGAAAAAAAUCCAGCAGAUUAUUCAAUCCCUACCUAAAGGUCAAACCCUAAUUACGAAAGUCAUCGAACAAAGUCAAGCCGUAUUCCUGACAACUGGACCCGAGGGUCAGGAACUUAUUAACCAAGAGAUGCAACAACUCCAAGGCGAUUGGAAUACCCUCCAAGCUCAAUGUCACGAAGCAGAGAAUAAUCUUUCAAAUUGUCUGGAUUCAUGGUCCCAAUUUACAAAUUCUCUGGAGGGUAUGAAAAACUGGGUAGAGCAAUUUCAGAGGAAGAUUAGUGAGGAGCAAGUCAAGGAAAACAAAACUCCGGAGGAUUUAUUGAGGUGCAAGAAAAUAGUUGAAGACGCCUUGAAUCAGAAGACAGUUCUGGAAGAUUUGAACGACAAGUGCGAAAAUUUGAUGGAAUUGAGUGCGUGCAGUUGGGCCAGAGACAACACAGUUCAUCUUCAGUCGGCCUACACUUGCCUCUUGACGGACGCCCAGGGUCUAGUGUCCAGGGUCGAAAAGAAUCUAUCAGAUCACACCGAGUUCCUCAAGGCGAAAAGCGACCUAGAGGAGUGGCUCCAGACGGCUCACGGAUCGGUCCAAGACUGCGUUGGAGUUGGCGACGUUUUCUGGGCUAAGGACAAACUUCAAACGAUAAAGUUGGUAUCAACAAGAAUGACAGAGGGUCAGCACUUGUUGUCGACACUCCAAAAAGCUUUCGCAAAGGCCAUCAAUACAGCCCUACCGGAACAGCAGGACAAACUCAGAAACGACAUGGCAGCCUUGAGAUUAAGCUGGGAGCAAUUGAGUCUCGAUUUGAACACAAUUCAAGCCCAAAUUAAAUCCGUUCAAAAUCGUUGGGACGAUUAUGAUGAUGCUAAAAAUCGUUUCGAACAAUGGCUGACAAAAACCGAAGAGAAUCUCAAGUUUCUACAGGACACAAAAGGCGAAAUCGGCGAAAUGAAAACCCUUGUCGAAAAAUGCAAACACUUGGCUGAUGAAGUUAGGAGCAAACGUUCCGACCUUGAUCAUCUAUUAACCGAAUCCGAAGAACUCGCCACAUGGGCCAAGGAUCAGACAAUCAAAAAAUGCACCGAGUCUCUUCAAGAGCGUUGGCAAUGUUUAGGUGAUCGAGUGGAACAACAGAAGAAAAUGAUCGAGAGCGAGGUUCACGAGUACAACGCCUACCAUUCAGCACUUCAGGAGACGGAAAAAUGGCUCCUACAAAUAUCCUUCCAGUUGAUGUCUCACAAUUCUUUGUACAUUACGAAUAAGGAGCAGACUAUUGAACAGAUGAAGCAACACGAGAAUUUGUUGGAGGAAAUACAAAGCUAUCAGUCGGCACUGGAUGAACUGAAACUUAAGGGUCAGGGACAAAUUGAACGGUACGAGUCUGCUAAGCCUGCUAUUAGGCAAACUAUCGAGACGCAACUUCAAAAUGUUCAGGAGAGUUACAAUUCUCUUUUGAACACUGCUCUGCAAAUUAAGGGCAGAUUAGCUGAAAGUUACGCCAAAUUCCAAGAAUAUGAGAAUACUUUGGAGAGUAUUAUGAAGAAUUUAGAUAUAUACGAGCCGGAAGUUGCUCAAGAACUAAAAGCUCCUUUGGAUAGUCUCCCAUCAGCCGAGGAGAGUUUGGAGCGAGCGAGAAUUCUCCACAAUAAACUUCAAGCCGAAAAGGGACGACUCGCAGUGGCCGUAGAAGCUUGCGAAGCAGCUGCUGCAUGUCUCUCAAGACCCGGAAGUCCCCUCGACGCUCCGCCAGUGCAAAUUCCAGCCAGGGAAAUCGAUGUUCGAAAUCGUCUCGAAGACCUCAUUGAUCAGAAGGAUAUUGGAGAAUCAGCUCACAGGCUAAAAGCAUUGAUUGAAAAUAUCGAGCGCAGUGGCUUCUUAGCGAAACUUAAUCACUUGUGUUGUGAGAUGCAAACACACUUGUCGAAUGUUACAAAAUCAGUGAGUGAGCUAGAGGAGCAAAAUCAUCAAAAGAAUGCCCUGCGUGCCUGGGUGAAUCAACAACGGGCAAUAUGCGCCGAAUGGAAAUCAAGACCAGCGAAAUUGCGCAGUGAAGCCGCACAGGCAGAACUUCAGGCAAUGAACGAUUUAUUGUCAAAUGUCGGAGAACGAAGAUCACGAGCUCUAUUGGAAUUGUCCCUAAUUCCAGGAAAUGACGACGAUAUUCAGGAGAGUCUCGAUAAGUUAGAAACCGAAUUGCUUGAAGCGAUUGCUGGUAAACAGGCUUCACAGGAUUUGAUUGAGAAAUUCAGAAAUCAUGUUCAGGAUAUUCACACAUGGUUUGAUACACUCUCGAAUAAGAUUGAUAAUAUUGAGAAGGGAUCUGGUCUGACGAUUGGACAGAAAAUCUCCUACAUUAAGGAUAUUACUCAGGAGUUUGAAAGACAAGGUCCGGAGAAGUUGGACGAGGUGAAAAAAUUGGGAGAUCAGGUAAUGGAUUCGGUCAGUAAUCUUGAUUCCCAACAAAUUGAGGAACAAAUCAGAUCUGUAGAGCGGAGACACGCAGACAUUGGCAAGAAAAUUCAGAGGAAAUCACAAGUUUUAGAUAUGACAGCACAAGCUAUUGAGGCCACCAGAAAGGAAAUACAAGAAAAUCGGGAUUGGAUUCACGACAUACAGACUGCUGGUUUUUCCGGACCGGUUGGUUUUGAAAGCAAAGUGGCAGAGGAGAAACUUUUGGCCCUAAAGGCAACACUGAAAGAAGUGGAGGGAAAGAAGGUAAUUAUCAACGCCCUGGAGAAGCGGGUAGGUAACAUUCAGAACGAAUUGGAGUCCAGUGAGCAGAAGCAGUUGGAGGCUGAUACACGAGCUUUAAGGGGAGAACAGGUUACUCUGUGUUCGGUUCUCAAGGAGGAGAUCGCAGCAGCAACUUCUGCUGCUGAAGCACGCCGAAAGUUGGAAAAUGAUCUGGAGAAAGCGCACGUCUGGAUAAAAGCGAAGAGUAAUGAUCUAAAAAAGCUGAGUAGUUACUUGCCACUGAGGGCCUUCAAGGUUGAGCAAGAUAUUACCCAACAUAGCGGUUUGGAAGCAGACAUCAAAAGUUUUAACGAGAAGGACCUGAAGGACAUUCUGAAACAAGGUGAUAUUCUGCUUAGAGAAUGUAACGAUGAAGAUAAAGCACGACUUCAAGGUAUGUUGAACGAUCUGAGUAAAGAAUACGAGAACCUCCAAAAAGAGGCUGAGGAAAAACAAGCCGCACUUCGAGAUCUCCUUCAAGGACGUAAAGCAUUCGAGAACGAGAUCAGCAAAUGCGAACGAUGGAUAAAGGAAGCUGAGGUCGCUACUUCUUCCGAAAUCAGAACAUCAAGUGUCGAUGUUCUUCGCGAACAACUUGGAAAGUACGACCGCUUGAAGAAGGAGGCUAAAGAAUUUGCUGACGAUAUCGAAAAAAUAUCCCAACAAGGAAAAUCGAUACUCCCAACUGUUAGUGACGUGGACAAAGUUGAACUGAGUGAACAGUUAAAGAACAUGAAGGAAGCUCAUGGAAGAGUUGCUAAUGUCAUCAAUGAAAGGGCAGCGGCUCUUCAAAAGAGUAUCAACGAAAUGGAAGAAGCAGCAGCUAGAGUCGCGGAAGCUGUCCAGUUCAUGACAGACAUCCAAAGGGAACUUCAAGAACUGAACAAACCAAUUGGCUCAAGAGUCGAAGACGUUGAGGGCAUGCUAGCCGCCUACGAAAAAAUCUUAGACAAUUUAAAGCAAAAUAAGGCAAAACUUUCCGAUCUACAGAAUGUAAAUGUCGGCAAUCUUCACGGUGUCAUAACACAACAGAACGACUUGAUCAAUUCGCUAGAAGGCCAAAUAGCCAAAUUGCGCCAACUCCUGCUACUCAGACAACAAUUCAUCGCCUUGAUCAACGAAAUAAUGACCUUCAUCACCAAAUACACGGAAAUUAUCCGAGACAUUGAGAAAGGCGGUCAAACCACCGACGAGAAGAUCAAACGCUACGAUGAUGUUAUCUCAAAAAUACAGGAAUGUGAAGCUACCCUCGCCAGUGCUACGGAUAAGGGACAGCAAAUUGCCGCGGAAGGUUCCACUGCGGAUAAAAAUAACAUAACCGAACAACUGCAAUCACUAAAGCAGCAGAUUCAAACGUUGAGACGAGCCGUUGAGUCGCAAAGGGAACAACACGAACUGACAGCUGCCGAACACAGACGACUUGCCAGUGAACUUUCCGAUAUUCUAAGUUGGCUAGAGUCAAAGGAAAAGGAAGUCAAGACCAGGCCUUUGCUGCAAAGGGACUCGCAGAAUGUGGAGGAUGAACUAAAGAAGCAUCAAGAACUUUGCGACGAAGUGAAUGAAUAUCUCGAGAGAAUCAGAAACCUAAAGGAGUCCGUGAGGCAUGAAGACGACAUGCCAGGGUCCUUAAAAGAGAUGCUAAGCGAAGCCGUCUCUCUUCUUAGUUCCCUCCCUAGGGAAAUGGACGAAGGACGAAAGUAUCUAGAAAACAACUUACAACUGAGAAUUGAUUAUUCUGCCCUAACCGAGAAACUUGACAAAUGGGUCAAGGAGGCUGAGAUCAGACUUCAGAGCGAUAAGGACGGACUCGAUUUUGAGAAUAUUUUGACGGACCUGGAAGAGUAUAAGAUCUUCUUCAGCAGUGAACCGUCAAUGAGGGAACUGGUCUCCCAACAAAUUCAGCAAGCAGCUGACAAAAUUUGGCCAUCUCUGAACACUGCAGAGCAAGAGGAGCUAAGUGCCGAACAACAACAACACACCCAGUUGUUAAAGAAUACUUUAAACACCGCAAAAUCCCAAAAAGCUCGACUCGAACAAGGAGCAGAGACCUGGAGGGACUAUACUCAAACUUUAGAACGAGUUAGAGCUGUAAUUGCAAGAAGUAAAUUUACCGAUGAACCUGUGACAACCCUGGCUGGUCUUCAGUUCAAUAUUCAGAAAAUCGUCCACGCUCUUAACAAUAUUCAAAAUCAGCAGUUCGAACUAGAUCUGCUAACGGAGAGAGGGAGUGAAAUUCUACGCCAAGCUGACGAAACGAAUAGAAAGAGAAUUGAAGGCCAAAUGGAGGAAGUCAACUCCAGUUGGCGUGAACUUGUUUCCGGUUUGGAAGGACGUCGGAACACUUUGGAAGCACUUUAUGAACAUUGGGAAGAAUUCGAGACCCAGUGGACGAAUGUUGAAGCCAGACUCAAUGAAAUUGAGGAACGGAAUAAAUUUACUCAACCGAUUGUCAGAUCUAAGGAACAUCUAUUGGAUACAAUUGGGAUUCUUAACGAAAUGCUGUCGGACGUGGAGAGCUUGAAACCUUCAGUGGCGGAAAUGAAAACACUAGCUGGACCCGUUCUUGCCUACUUGGCUGCAUUCACAGAAGAUGCAGCUCGUACUCUUGAGGAACGAAUCGAGAAAUUACAGAAGGCUGUAGAAAUGCUUUUCGACUCGAUCCGGAAUAAAUUGGAGAAAUCAAGAGCCGAUCUCGAGGACAUUGAAAGAUUUCAAGAGGAGGAGAAACGGUUGAGCGUUGAACUUGAGGAGCUUGAGGGUCAAAUUUCCUCCUUCUAUGUCUUCGGUGUUGAUCAGGAGGCAACUGAGACUGACUUGAAAUUACUGAAAUCACGUGUCGACACACUCGUCGAUUUGUUGAGGGAUUUUUCAUCGAACACUAGGGCGCGGUAUCAAGCUAGUCAGCAGCUGGUGCCAAUCGAUAUUGAUCGACAAUUGACAUCUUUGGAAUUUCCAGUUGAGGGAAUUAGUCAAGCAAUGGAGGAAAAGCAGAGGGAGCAGAAGAGGGCGAAAACAAUGCGCAGCGAUUAUUUGACUGACGUUGAGCAGGUGCAAGCGUGGAUUCAGCAAGCGGAGCUGAAGAUUCAGAAUCGUUCGAUAGAACCUGGGAAAUUGAUGGAGCAGCUUAGGCAAAUACAGAGUGAACUCGGUCCGAUGAGUGAUAGGCUGGAGAGAUUGACGAGGAAUGGAGGGGUGAUUGUGGAGAAUACUAGGGACGAGAGUGAGAAGGAGGUGCUUCGGGGUACGAUUGGAAAUUUGACGGAGCAGAUGAAUCAGGUGAAAUCGUGGUUGGACGAGAGAAAGCAAUUGAUUGGCGAUGUUCUCGACGCGUGGCAGAGAUUCCUCGCUCUACAUGAAGCUGUCAAAUUGUGGAUUGAGGAGAAGAGGGUUUUCCUCGUCGAACCGUUGAGGCUGAGUAGUUUGAAUCAAUCCAGGCAGAGACUCCACGACUAUUCGACCGCAGUCAAGAGUUGUAAGCAGGUGAACAAGAAUCUCAGCGACAUGGGGAAGGAAUUGGAGAACAUCGGUCAAGUGACGAAUGUCGGUGACCUUCCGGAGAAACUCACCGGCGUUGAGGAAGCAAAGGCCGAAGUUGAAGGACAGCUUUUGGAGAGGAACGCACUGCUGCAAGAAACGAGCGAAGAAUGGGAGCAAUGCGAGAAAAAGAUGAAGGACGUGAAGAACUGGAUCGAGAAGGCCCAGCAGAAUCUCGAAUCGCCGCAGAACAAGAAGAAACCCUUGAGGGAUCAACACGCAAUUAGAGAAAAGAUGCUGAGUGACAUAACAAUCCAGAAGACGAAAAUCAGCAUGUCCGUGGAGAAGUUACAGGUUCAUUUCCGUUCCGGAAUCGGUGGCGACAGUCGAGUUAGUGAAGCGGCCGACGAAUUGCUUGUGGAACUGGAUCUGCUGAUGAACACCGUUAAGGAUCAAACAGCCGCACUAGAGGCUUGUCUUCAUCAAAUCGAUCAGUACCAACAGGAAAUACAACAAAUGAGACAGCAAAUUGUUCAAGCUGAACAACAACUGAGAGCAGUGCUGAGCCCAACUUAUCUAUCGAACGAGAGAGAGAAGGCCCUCGAGGAGCAGCAGACCUUGCAGACACGAAUGGACAGUUGGAGGCAACGCACGAGAACACUUGUGGAUAAGAUUCAUGCAGUGGAUCCACACUAUGGGAAUGAGACGAUUGUCAGAGUCCCUGGUUGUGUUUCGUACGCAGACAUCGCUGCGGGAAGAUCACGUUCGAAUUCGCGAUGCAAUAGUCCCUUCAGGACCCCUCGCGAAGAACCUCCUCCUCCUUCCUCCCAUCAACUGUCUACGAGUCUUACCGAACAAUCAGUAAUUCCUCCCAACGAAUCUCUGAAAACUCAACAUUUGGCGAAAAGGAGCGACGAUCAAGUUCGUCGUGGAAGAUCGCCGACGAAACAUUCCGAACGCAAGGAGAAGAGAAAGUCUCCGGUUAGGAUCGAAAUCAGUGUUAGUGAACAAGUAUUCGACGAGGGACUUUUGGAGAAGAGUGCUGGACUCGCUCCAGAAACUACGAGAGGCAGAUCGCCAAGUCCGAUCUGGAUCCCUGGAUCGACUUCGUAUGCUGACAUCCUCAGGGGACGGAUGCAGGGCAAUUUGUCUAGGGAAUCAUCCGAACCUGUAGAAAUAGUCGAGUCCACAAAGUUUCCGAUCGAAAAUCCACUCUCCAGGAGAUCAGUCGAGAUUAGGAAAGACGAUCCCGACACGAAGAAUACUGCAAAAGAAAUCGAAAAGGUAACCGAAAGUGAUUCCGAUAUGAAUCCUCCGAUUGACGACACCCAGGGAAUCGACAAAGAAUGGAGCAAACCGACCAACUGGUCCGCACCCCCCUACGAAGGACCGGUCGUUUCACAGACCGAAAUCUACAAUUACCCAUCGUCAGAGUUAGUAGGUUUCAUCAAUUCCCGUUUGGGAAACUAUCCCUCAUACUACACUCCAACUCAUCCGCAAGGAAUCGAACCCAUAAUUCUGGGCUCGAUUUCCUCGAACUAUCCCGAAGAGUUUGUAGCCCAGGGUAAUUAUUUACCAACCGGGGAGCUCUAUUCCUCCGGCACUUCAGAGGAAUUCGUCCAGAUCCACAAUCCCGACUUGCUACAACCCCCGGUUCAAUCAUCCUCCAUGGUAAUUCAGUCCGAAAUAAGUGACGUACUCCCACAGUCCGAUGUCAUCCAACAAGUAUAUUUAGAAGAAGCAGAAAGUCAAAUUAAACCCCUUGUCGAAGGCUCGACAACGGAGAAAUUAACAAUCGAAAUCGACAGUGGGGAAAAGGGUGCAUCGAUUUCCUACGCCAAGAUAUUAUCCCAGGGUCUGAGCCCCAGGUCAACUCCUCCUCCAGUUGUGCCCGGGCAACCGGAGUUGUCUAAUUCCAAAAAGGGUCCGAGGACCAAGAAAAUCGAAACCGAAACUUCUGGUUUCGCUCGGAACCCAAAACCGGAGGCAAGAAAUACUGAAAACGAAAAAAGUGCUCCGAAAGUUGAAAGGAACAAGGAAAAGAAAUUGGACCAGAAGAGUCAAAAGGCGACGGACGGCAAGGAUACGAAACGAAAUAAGGAAAUAAAGAAGGAAGAACCGAAGAGUAAAGACGUCAAGACGCCUAAGAAGGAAAAUCCUAGGGAAAAAGUAAAAGAAGCGAAAAUUGAUACUGAGGAAAAAGAACUGGAAGAGGUUGGAAAUUUGGCUGAAACGAAACCAACGAAGGAAGCUAAAGAAUCUGAAGAACCUAAAGGAUCUAAAGAAUCUAAAGAACCUAAAGGAUCUAAAGAACCUAAAGGAUCUAAAGAAUCUAAAGAACCUAAAGGAUCUAAAGAAGUUACGGAUAAAACGACAGAAAAACCGACUGAAGCGGAAAGCACCGAAAAUCCAAAGUUGGACGAAGGGGAGAAGAAGCGGAAGCAACGGAAGAAGAAGAUGGAGAAAAACAAAGUGGACGAGAUUGAUAAAGCUCUUCAGGAAAUUAAAAUCAUGGACAAGAAAAACAAACACAAAAAUGUGAAGGAAACACCAAAGUCCAAGGAGGAAAAAAUCGAGAAGAAUGGUAAAUGUCCCGAUAAAUCCGAAAUAAAAGAUAAAAAAUCGGAGAAACCCGAGAGUAAAGCGGUAAAAGAAACAAAAAUUCCUCAUGCCCAUCUGGAAAAAGAAGAUUCGCAACAAGUUUCGAAAACUAAAAAGCAGGAAUUAGAAAACAGCAAAUCAGCAAAAGUUGUUAAAGAGGUUCCAUCUAAAGAAGCUACUGGAACUUCAAAUAUUGAAUCAGCGAGUAAAACGGAAACAUCACCUAAAGUCAAAAAAGAGAAGAAAGUCCAACAAGUUUCGAAAGCAAGCCUAGAAAUUACUGAUGAUGAAAAGGCUAAAAAUUUAGCUGUCAUGGAAAUCAAAACUAAGGAUUCCCAAGAAGAACCGAAGACUGUUAAACACACCCAGGAGGAAACGAGUCACCCAGAAAUGAAGAAUUAUAAAAAUAGUUCAACUUCGGAAAGUCCAGUUUCUAAGGAAAGUGGAAAAGAUCGACCAAAACAACUAGAGGCUAAAGUGGAAAAAAGUUUUAAAGACACUAAAGAAUUGAAAACUGAUGAUAGUGAUGUUAAUCAGAAAAGUUCAAAAUCGAAAAAAGUACAAAUUUCUAAGCAAGAAAUUAAAAAACCAGAUCCUGUGAAAGAACCAAAGGAAGGAAAAAUCAAGAAUGAAAUUAUUAGUUUAAGACCAGGUACGGCUGAAGCUAGUAUAGUGACAAUGUACGCUAGAAAAGGGGUUGAAAGUUUUCCUGACAAAGGAAGUGAAAAUGAAAAGGAAAAAUUAAGUGAAGAGAAAGAUGAGAAAGGACGACAAAAGGACGACACUUGGAUUGAAAAUCGAUUUGAACCGAAAGUCGACGAGGAACCCUUAUUCGGUAGCGUCAAAGACAGGGGAACGUCUACAAUUUCUAGACCCACAACAACAACUGAUAAAAGUGAUCAGGUAAUCAAACCGGAUCCAAAACGGAAAAUCACUUCAAUUACCAGUUCAGAAGAACAACUAAGCGCAGAAGAUGAACAUAAUGGAAACGAAAAUAGUGAGAAAACAACUCUAGGGGAUCUACAGCAUCUUCAGGAAUUGAUUAAACCCUACUGGCUCGAUUAUCAUACCUACGCUCAAGCAGAAGUAGACUUUCACAGAUUCUAUAGAGUUGAGAGAAUCGUUCAAGAGCCGAAAACUCCCGUCUGUAACACUGAAUCUAAAUCAGUGGAUAUCGAGAAAUUGGUGAUGGAAUCAAGAAUGAAAAUUCCGGAGAAAACUACAGUGGAAUUGGAAGAAACUCUCAAUGAUGAUUCGGCCAGUGGAUCCAGGCGAAUGACUGUUAUAGAGAGGAAUGUAGAGACUAAAUCAAAGGAUAAAGAAUCGACUGAUGAAUCAUUGCAGAAGGUGGUUGAUAAACCUCUAUGUGAAUUGACACCUCAACUAUCGGAUGAAACAUUAAAUAAGUCGUUUGAUGAAUUAGCUGAUAAAUCCACCUGUAAAUUAAAUGGUAAAUCGAGUUCUCAAUCCAAAAAUAAAUCUGAAGAUCAACCUAAAAAUGCAUCUAAGGAUCAACUAAAAGAUGAAUCUAAAAAUAAACCUAAGGAUAAAUCUAAAGAUAAAUCUAAAGAUGUAUCUAAAGAUGAACCUAAAGAUACAUCUCAAGAUGAAUCUAAAGACCAACCUAAAAAUCAAGCUAAAGAUAAAUCUAAGGAUCAACUUAAAAAUGAGUCUAAAGAUAAAGCUAAGAAUAAAUCCAAAAAUGUAAAUAUAGAUAAAUCUAAAGAUGAAUCUAAAGAUCAACCUAAAGAUGAAUCUGAAGAUAAACCCAAGGAUAAAUCCAAAAAUGUAUCUAAAGAUGUAUCUAAAGAUGUAUCUAAAAAUGUAUCUAAAGAUGAACCUAAAGAUGUAUCUAAAGAUGAACCUAAAGAUGUAUCUAAAGAUGAACCUAAAGAUGUAUCUAAAGAUGUUUCUAAAGAUGAACCUAAAGAUUUGGCUAAAGAUGUAUCUAAAGAUGAACCUAAAGAUGUAUCUAAAGAUAAAACAAAAGAUCCAGCUGAUAAAACCAAGAAGAAAGAUGAUAUGGUUCAAACUGAAAACGCCAAAAAACAAGAAAUCGGUAAAUCUAAAGGUAAACUAGGAAAGAAACAGAAAAACGUUGUUGAUUCAACUAAAGAUCAACCAGUGAAUAAAUCUGGAGAGAAGUCAGGGAAACAAAAACAAGAAUUGAUGAAACCAGAUGAUGAACUAGACACUAAGCGGAAAGAUCAAACAAAGGUCGAAACUGUAGAUCAACAGAUUAGAAAAUCUACCGAGAAACCAAUCGCUCAGUCUAAAGAUGAAUCGACUAAUAAGCCUCAAGUUAAAUCAACUGAUCAAGCUCAUAUCAAAUUGCCCAAGGCUGAUGAAGUAAUUGUUAAACCAUCUGAUGAUCAAAGUGAUAAGGUUCAAGAGCUUGGAGAGACUGAAAGGACUAAGAAGUCUGAUGAAGCAAAAGAAAUAAAGGAAGAUAGAACGAAGAAGAUGGAGAAAGCGUCUUUGUCACCAGUUGUUCAUUUAGUAUCUGAUGACUCCUGGAUGGAUAUUUUAGACGACGAUUCUUUAGUCAUUGAUGAUGACGAUGACUUUGAAGUACCUUCGUCAAAACCUAGCGUUAGAAGCCAAAAAACUAAUUCUACUGAAAUAAAAUGUACGAUACCAGAGGGUGAGAAAUCUACAAAAUUAGAUCAAGAAUAUCUACCAGAACAAAAAGUGCAGAAGGAUCCACCAGGUCAAAAAGUUCAGAAAGAUCAAAAGGAUCAGCAGGAUGUACCAAAGCAAGAAAUUCAAAAAGCAGAAAGGAUUCCAAAGGAGCAGAAAGAACAGAAACAGCAGACAGAUAUACCAGUUGCAGUUCAGAAGGAUCAGAAGGAACAGAAGAAUACAAAGCUCCAUAAGGAUCAGAAGCAGGAACCAGAGCCAGAAGCCAGAAUAAUAGAUCAGCCAGAGUCUACAGAUCUUUCUAAAUUAGAAGAAAUUAAAACUUCUACAGUAGAGAAACCAGAAACUUCGAAAUCUACUUCUUCACUAAACGUCGUUCAAUCGGAAUCAUCAGCUGAAUCUCCAUCAUUAAGUCCUCAAGAACAUUUACGGAAAUCAAAGAAAAAAUCGAAGAGCAAAAAAUCACCUAAACAAAAGGAAUCGAUUGGUAAUGGCGAUAAAAUAGAUCAACAUAUUCCCGAAAUACAUUCCGAAAGUAAGGAAAAAUCUUCAAUUCGAACAUCUGAAAUUGAUACUUCAUCAACGGAGGAACAUAUUUCUGAAAUGGUUCCAAAUAUUAAAUCCUGGGCAUCAAUCCUGAAAGAUUCGGAAAUUCAAGAAACAGAUAAAUCUGGAAUGAAGGAUCCGUCAAUGAAUCUGGAUUUAAUAACACCCGGUCCUGAUGAUCAGGUUGUUCAGAAAGAAAAUGUUAAAGGAACAGUUAAAUCUACCGAAAAAGUGAUGAAACCCCUUGAGACAAAACAGGAACCGGAAAAGCAAUCCAGGAAGAAGAGGAAACAUGAUAAUUCUUCAUUUAAACAAACUGUUGUGGAGAAGACAUCCGAUCAGUCAGUAAAUGUAGAUAAUUCUCUCCAGGAAACUUUAUCAAGAGAUGCAAAGACAUCAUACGCUCAGGUUACAGCUUCCGUCUCACCUCAGCUCGAUCAUGAUGAUCACGAUAUUUGCAAACCAACAUCAGUAAAGGCUGCUUUACAAGUUGAGGAAACACAAAUUCCUGAUGUAGUCACUGAUCAGAGGUCUGAUAGUGGAACAACAAAUGAUGGAACUGCUGAAGAUAGAAAAGAGAAUGAAGGUACUGUUGAAAGUGGAACAUCCGUUCAUGACACAAUUUCUUCAGAUAAAACACUCUGGGCUGAUGAAGUGGAAAAAGAACAAAUUGUUGAUAAAAAAGCACAGAUUCCAGUGGACAAUGAUCACAAAUCAGAAAGCAAUUCAUGGGCUGCUGUUGCUGCCAAAAACAAAAAAGACGAUACAGUUGAAAAAACCCCUACUCUUCCAAUUCAUAUUCCGGUUCAGCGUCCCACACCCAAAGUACAAAUUCACGUUGAACAAGUGUCAGACGUAGAAGCAAUUGAAAAUUUAGUUCAAGUUGAUGAUCAAGGUUUUAUGGAAUUUGUCAAUAGAAAGGAAUUACGAUCCCGACGAUCAAGAUCUCGUUCCAGAAGUAAAUCACAAAUUCCCGAUGGUUCGACAAAAGAACACAAGGAAAAUAAUUCGUCGCCGAAGAGAUGCGAAUCAUCUUCAUCGUCAACACCAUUCCAAUCCGAAACGAGAGGAGACAAGGAAGAGGGAAUCAAGAAGGAAGAUGACAGCAAAUUAAAGGUUGAAGAAAAAACUCAUCCUACUAAAGGCAGUGAAACCAAGAAAUCAAAAUCAAAAGGUAAAAAAGGAAAAGCAGAAACUACCAAGGAAAUGGAAGUGAACCAGAAUACAGAGAAAAAAAUUAACCAAAAAGAAAUUAGCGAGAAAGAAAACCGGGAGGAAAAAGAAGAUGCAAAAGUUGUAAACCAGAAACAAGAUACGAAUUCGAUGAACAAAUCUAAAGAAGCUGAAAAUAAAAAGAAGAAGAAAAAUGAAAAAUCGGAGAAGAUAGUAGAGGAGGUAUCAUCCUCAAAAGCAGAUGUCGAAAAAGAAAGAAAAUUAUCACAUGAAGAAAAGGUGAAUAAAGUUGAGACUGAAAGCCAAAAGGUGAAAGUAGAAUCGAGCGAUUCGAAGACGGAAACUCAAGGUGAAAAAUUAGAAAAAGUGGAAGAGAAAGAAACCAAAUCAGCUAAAAAGAAAUCAAAAUCCAGAUCGAAGAAAUCAAAAGAAGAUGUCGAGAUGCCUAAGGAAAAAGAAGGAAUCCAAAAGGAGUCAUCAAAACCGUUGUUAUCGAAAGAAGAAGAAAAGACCAGUGAACAAUCACCGGAAGAAAAUAUAAUUUGCCAAACCGCAGUCCUAGUAACAAAAGUGGAAGCUUUAUUGGAAGAAACAUCAAAUUCCUCUCUUCAAGACAAAAAGUUAAAGUUCAAAAACUCUCAGAAGGGUUCAUCGCAACCGGAAAAAACAGAUGAGCCUAUAAAAGCUAUCACUCUGCCGGAAAAAUUGGCAAUAACUCAGGGAGAAGUGAAGAAGAUUGAUGAUUCUAGUCCGGAAUUAUUAAUCCAUCCUGAUUCAACUGAUAAAUCAAAGAAACCAGGUGCCGAGAUAGUGAAAAGUAAACAAACACCGGUAGCAGAAGUUAACAAUCAACAGGAUUCUGAGAAAAGUGAUAAGACAAAAUCAGCAAGUAAACCUGAAUCAGAAGCGAAAAUGGCAACUAAAAUUGAAGACUCAACAGAACUGGCUGUUAAGAUUGUUGAUGAGCAAUUGGAAGGCAAAGAACAAACUUGUCCCAAAAAAUCAAAAUCUAAGCAACAACCAAUUGCUGAAAAAUUGCAAACUAAUGAGAAGAAAUCUGAAUCUAAAAAACAAAUUGUUGGUCAAUCUGAAUCUACGAAGCAAAUUUCUGAGCAAUCUGGACCUAAGAAGCAACCAUUUGUUGAUCAAGCAAAUAAACAACAAACUGAUGCUAAAAUUUCUGAAAUGGGAAAACAAUUUACAGCUGAUAAAUCAACGGAUGUGUCACAGAAGAACCAAAAACAAUUAACUCAUGAAAAAUCAGCUGCUGAAGAACUUAAAGCAAAAGAGAAACCACUUGCUGAGAUUUCUGGACCUAAACAGAAAACUGAUGAUGUGAAGCCAAUUUCCGAUCAGCCAGAUGCAACAAAGCAACUUGCAGAAUCAAAAACUGCAAAGCAACAAGCUCCUGAAAAGUUACAAAGCAAACAGAAAACUGUUACUACGAAACCAGACAGUAAAGAGCAAACCGCUGAACCAAAAGUUAAACAACCAGUUGUGGAAAAAUCUGGAACCAAAAGUCAAUCUGGUGGCAAAAUGACUCAAGACCUCAAGAAUAAUGAGCAUUCGGCAUCUAAACAACAUAAAACUAAAAAGAAACCAGAAAAAAGUAAUACUAAAGAGCAAACUGUUGGGGAUGUAACAGAACCUAAACAGCAAAUUGUUGUUGGCGAAUCAAAACCUAAACCGCAAGUUGGUACUGAAACAGAUCCUAAACAGAAAAUUGUGUCUGGAAAAUCAGAACCUAAACCGCAAGUUGUUACUGAAUCAGAUCCUAAACAACAAAUUGUUUCUGAUGAACAAAAACCAAAAACAGAAAAUGUGGAAAAAUCUGAAGACAAAAGUCUUUCUGUUGCUAAAACACCGCAAGACCCUGCGCUAAAAAUUGCUGAGCAUUCAGCAGAUAAACAACAACUAGAUGCUGAACCAUGUAAAACUAAAAAAAAACCUGAACCUGAACAGCAAAUUCAUAAAGAAUCAUCAUCUGAAAAACAAACUACUGAAAAACCAUCAGCUAAACAGCAAAUUGCUACAGAAUCAUCAACUAAGAAACAAAUUACUGAAAAACCAUCAACUAAACAACAAUCUGGUACUACGAAACAAGAAACUACACAACAAAGCGCUGCUAGCGAAGCAAAAGUAUCAAAAGAACCUGUUGUUGAAAAGUCUGGACAUGACAGAGAACCUGUUAGUAAAGAUCUGGAGCUGAAGCAAUCUAAAGCUAAACUAGCUGAAGAAUCUAUAACUAAAAAGAAACCAACUGACAAACUGGAACCUAAGGAGCAAAUUGCGGCUGAGAAACCAGAAACUAAUACAACAAUUGUUAAGGAAUCAGUAACUCAAAUACAACCAAGUGCUGAAAAGUUACAAACUAAACAAACUCCUAAAAAUUUAGGGACUAAAAAACAACAAGCUGCUGAAAAGUCAUCAGCUACACAGCAAACUGGAGCUGAAAAAGAAGAAACUAAACAAAGCACUGCUGGUGAAGGAAAAACAAUAAAACAACCUAAUGUAGAAAUGUGUGGAAUCGAAAGUCAAUCUGCUGUUACAGAUCUGCAAUCUGCAACUAAACAAGAACCUAAAACUAAAAAGAAACCAGCAGACAAAUUCGAAACUAAAGAUCAAAACAAAAAGUCACCAAUUGUCGCUGACGUAGCAGAAACUAAACAACCAAUUGCCAAGGAAUCAUCAAUUAAAAACCAACCUCCUGCCGAAAAAUCGAAAAAACACUUCGUCGUGGAAACCGUUCCCGAAGCAGAAACAUCGCCUGAUGCACAAAAAUCUCCCGCUGCUAAAACUGAACCCAAAAAACCAAAAGUCGAAUCAAAACAUCUAAAAUCCUCUCUAAGCCAACCGACAGAAUCUUCUCAAGAUCCGGAAUCCCCAAAUCAGGACACUCGUCAGACUCCCGAUCCCAAAAAAAUUCUCUACACCGAAACAAUAGAAACCCCCUCAAAGACAGCAUCCCUACCAUCAAUGCGUUCGGAUUCAGUCGACUCGACAGUGCCCGAGGGACAAUCCAAGUCUCGAGUUAAAUUUUACAUCGCCGAUGAAAUCCUCGUCAUUCCCCAGCACAAAGAGAAAGACUUGGAGAAGGAGGCGAACUUUAUGAAACUCGUUCAGGAAUCAUGCGUUGCAGAAAGUGUUUGGCCUCAAUUCGCAUCCCUCGACGGAGGUUUCUGGAUUGACAAACGCUCCUACCAUGAGGCCGAGCGAUUACUAUUCGAAGCACUAGCCGCCCAGUCGAAAAAAUCAUCUCUCGUUGAAAACCUCGAUCAAACUCCCCCUGAUGACGACGACGAUCAUAACGGUUCCGCUGGACCCGAUGGUCGUGAUCGUGAUUUUAGUGGUAAAGCAAAUUCCCAAGGCGACGUACCCCAUACCGAACGAUUGGUGGCUGACUUGCCAGGUGGCAUUUGCAGCUGGAGUGAUUAUAGUACCUAUUUGUCCCAAGAGAAGAUCAAUGAUCAAAAUGAGAAUCAGAAUGUUGAUAGGAUGACCGAGGAUCACAUGACAAAUGUAGAAUCAAACCCAACAGUGGAAUCUUUAAAUACCGAAUCCGAGAAUUGUUUGAAAGUAGAUUCAUUAAAUUCUUCUAAAACCAUCACAUUGGAAUCUUCCAAUGCAGAAGCCUUGGAUUCGUCCAAACGAGAAGCGUCCAAUUUGGAAGCAUCCAAUGUUGAUUCAUUAAAGCUAAAAUCAUCCGAUGAUAAUUCCUCGGCAGAAGACGACAUUUGUUCCAAUCCUAAUCCUGAAUGUGAAGCAAAUCCUGAAUCCAAUCCAGAAUUCCAGAUCUAUUUAGGUAAAGAGAAAAGCGAAUGGAAGCAGCAGCCGAAUUUACUGGAGGGGGAGAGAGAUGUGACAAUGAAGAGCCAAGUUAUUAACAACCAAAGGAUCAAGGAAACAAUGGAAUUACGCGUUGAUGAAUUACGAGAUGCUGUCGCAGGUCUUGGUAAUUCUUUAAGAAAUCUUCCGAAAGACAACUUACAAUCCAUGCUUACCGCAUUGUCGGAAAUAUUGACGGAAUUGAGAUCGUACAAUGAAAAGGCGGAAAAAUUGAAUCGAGACAUUAGCGAAAUUCCAGGCGAUCUAGAAAUCAAAAGACUACUCGCCUCUUUAGGGGGAAUCCGAACGAAAAUUGUGACUCUUCUUUCGCAGACUGAACAGAGUCACGCUGUACUUGAGGAAGCUUGCACAAUCGAAGAAAAAAGGGACAAAGAAAUAAAGGCCUACAAAGAAUUUUUGGACGAGACGAGCAAUUGGCUGGAGAGCACUGUCUUAACAAUUAACAAUUUUUCAGCUUCGGACUGUGAGGAAUUACAACCGGAAUUAUUGAAUCGAACACAACGUGUCACUGAACUUGAAGAACUUCCGGCUAUUUGCGAUUUAGCGAAGGAUUUGAAAGAAGCUUUACUCGAUCUUGCAAUACGUCUUCAACAAAAGCAGCAGGAAAUUUUUGAUGAAGAUCAAGACGCAACACUUGAUCAAGCACCAUCGUUGAGAUCAAGUUCACCAUCAUUGGCAGACGUCUCCCUGCAAACUGGUCAGAGUCUAUUCGAAGAUCUGCCGAUUCAUGAGAAACCCCUUCAGCUCACCAAGCAGACAUCAACGACACAAAUAGUCGAACCAGUGACAGUGGCAGCGUCCACUGAGAGUGGCCAGACCCAGGAGUCAAUAAAGGUCCUGAAGACAACCGAUGGCAAUCAUGAUGUCAUCGAAAUAGCCACCAAGAAUGUUCCCAGUCAGGAGUUAAUUAGACGCGAACAGGGAAUCAAUCCAGAGGACAUUGUCGUUGAUAUGAAGUACCAGGAUGCUCAGAAGACUGACAGCGUCACAUCGGAAUUGAAUAUACAGCACGCGGCUCCCCAGUCUUUCGAAACGGUUCUCGUUGAGCCGGAUGAUGUGACUACAGAGGUGGUUGUUGAUAGUGACGGAACUAAGAGGAUUAUUGUGAGAAAAUUGAGGCGCACGUUGGUCACCAGUAGGCACACUACUCAGCAGCAUGUUAGUUCUUUGACUGCUGCGAUUGGCGACAAUCCACCGGUUCUUCAGGCUUUCUCCGAAGCCACUAUGCGAGGACAGCAGGUCACUGUCUCGACGACUAAACCCGACGGGACCAUUGAGAUGUCCACGAAGCAAAGUUUCGGUGGUCGCGUCACCACCGGAGCCCCGGGAGCGGAGGUCAACGUCGAGGAGUACGACAGCCCUCCCCAAGUGACUCACAGUAUUGUCCAGGGGAAUAUCCAAUCCAUAGAGCAACCACUCGCCCUCAGAGAGGCCCUAGACGAGAAUAUCGACUACCAAACCAAGACGUCGACAGUUCACGCCGUGGUCCAACAAGUCACCCGACGGGUCAUUCGCAAAACGCGCAGGAUCAUCCGAAAAGUCACCAUCAUCGACGGCAAGGAGACCGUCACCGAGGAGGUCAUCGAGGAACCCGAGGAGGUGUCGAUCGACGAGCAGGACAUACCACACAUCAGCAUCAACGUCGUCAAGAACGAGGAUCCGAAAGCUGAUGCGAAAAAGGAUAAAGAAACUGAUCCUAAAAAGGAGACUUUCCCUACGUCAGAGAAAGCCGGCACCCAGACUGAAACACCAGUCAAGGAAGCGGAAGGUUCCGAGGCAAAGGCAACAGUCAUCGAGAAAAAGUCCAAAAAGAAACAUUCCAAGACCUUGCAAGAUGAUUCCUUAGAAUCGAUCGAUACCAAGAAUUCUGCUGUAGGACCAAAACCAACUGACGGUGGGAAAUUGAAAUCGACAAAGGAAAGUGCAACAGAGCCGGAAAUAGAGGAAUUUGCUCCCACUCAAGGAAGUAAGUCUCAAGUUUUACCUGUCGAAAAAGAGACACACAGUAUUGAAUUAGAAUCAGGCACAGUAGUAGUGUUAGAAGAGCACGUUGACUCCAGCACAGUAGACUCUGACGAUCAUCACAAACCCACUGUCAUUGCAUUAGAAAAACAAAUCAUACCUAGUGAAGCCGAUUCUGAUGGAGGCAAAUCUGAACCAAGUGACGCAUCAAACUUGGGAAUAGUUGAUCCCGAACAACCCGAAAACGAAGAACGACCAGCGACAGAACCGAAAUUGACAGUUUCAGAAAGUGGGGAACAAGGAAAUGCGAAAACAAAUGAUGACCAGAAAUCCGAACCUGAGAAACAAUCCUCGGAAUUAGCCCCCAAGGAAGAGGACCAGGAAUCGGAUCUUCAGCGAGACAGAAUGAAAUACACGGAAUCUUUCAUCCUAGCUUCUACUCCGAAGAAAAAACAAGACGCAGACUUCCAUGAGAUUGCGCUAAAACCAGAGUACACGUCGAUGCAGAAAGUCGAAAUUGACCUCUCGGUUCAAGAGAGUGAUCAAGGUCCGUCUGUAACGGUGAAAACCAGGGUCGAAAAACCGGAAGACGCAAACUACCAGAUAGUGCAAGAAGCAGUUGCCAUCGAACUGCCGGUCGACUCGGAGAACCUACAGAUCAGCAACGACAAAAUAAUCCAAACCACUUCGGAACAAAUCCAAACCGACGAACCCGAACCUAGAAAAACCGUCCCCAAAAGAAGCACAACCGAUAAAGCCACCAGCAUCAGCGAAGGCAAAAAAACCCCCAAAGAACAAAGCCCCGAGAAUUCAUCCAGUCUAACAACCACAAUUGCCGAGUCAAUCGACCUCAACAUCCCCGUCUCCGAUUCCUCAAUUCGCGAAACCGAAACCCCACACCCCGACGUUGCGGAAAUUACCGAAACAUCCGAAUCAGUCUCCCUACAAGACGAGACCUUCGACAGAGACAUUGGCUACGAGCCAGAUGACCGCACAACUGUCGAGGAAAUUCCAAUCACUUGCCCCGUCGACUUGGAGGUAGCCAAGAAGAAAAUUAAGAAGAAGAAGAAACAAAAGGUAAAACUCUCAAGAGAGGAGGACGUCACCGAAUUUCCAAAGAGCACCACAGAUGACGCUGAUUUUACCGACGAAAUUCUCCCCACAGAAGCCGAGGGCACUAAGCUCCCGAAGAAAUCAAGAAAACGAAAACGAAAGAAAGAGAUUGAAGUACUCAUGAAAAGUAGUGACGAAUUUCCAACCGAAACUGAUGACCAACAAAUAAUCGAAUCCGACCAACCGAAUAUCAACAUAUCGGUACAAACCUCCUUAGAAGAACUUCCCCAGACUGUCGAUCUCGAGGUCCAAACAGUGAAAAUCGAAGAAAUCGACAGCGAACAGCAAACAACAGAACUUGUGGAGCAGGAAAUGGGUGUUCAAACCUCACCUGCUCACAACUCACCUACAAAGUCAACAACCGAGCAGAGUCAAGUCCAAACCGAACCGGUAGAAACCGAAGAUAUAAACGUCCAAACAACUGAGCUUAAACCCAUUCAAUCGGAAGAAGUUGACAUUCAAACGAUCGGAAUCCCAAUGAACACAACCGAAAUUCAGACAACUCCGAAAGAAACUACGGAAAUUGAUGUCCAAACGUCGUAUUCGUCGACGGUUGUUAACGUAGAGCAACAGACGUCACCGGAACCGGUAUCGGUUCCCGAAAAAGUUCAAGGUCGCGAAAUCGCCAUGCAGACCCAAACGCCAGAAGUCCCGGCGACUAUCGAAACAGACGUGCAGACUAGUAAACCACCUUCGCCGGAAACUAGAGAAUCGAAGGACUUUGAUACCCAGACUGAAAUUGUGGUCAACAGUUCGGAGACUCAAACAACGCCGAAGGACAGUCCUCGAGUGGUGGAUGUUCAAGAAACCGAGAUUCAAACAAUCGCGAAGGAAGAAGUGGACGUCGUGUCACAGACUAGUCCCGAUUUGGCAGAAAAGGUACGAGAGGACUUCGAUAAAGCACCAAUGAGUCAGGAAGAGACGCAAACUAGUCCCGAACCGGAGAAGGAAACCUCUUCUAGAUUUAUUCAGACGAAGCCGGAGGAAUUGACUCCUUGUGUCGAAGAAGCGGUUCAAACAACUAUUCCCGAGGAGACUGUAAUUGAGUCUAUAGUUCCUUUACAGGAAAGUUCGGAAAAUCCUCAAACUGAUGAUACUCACCUGAAUGAUGCCGGAAAAGGCUCUUCCAGAGGAGAAAUGGAAAACUUGGAACAAUUUCGAGGAGUCGCGUCAAGUCCGGUCCUACAUCAGAGAGCUAGAGACUCUCCUCCUGAGAGUCUGGAAUUAGGUGAUAAGUUCAGGUCGAUAGCGACCGGAGGAUCGACUUCGUUAUCAGAAACCGAGUCCACUGACAACUCCUACGAAAUAAAUCUCCAAGCGACCCUCAAAAUGUCCGAACGACGUUCACCCGAACUAUCGGUCAAUGUAAGCAAAUCUAGACGUCACGAAACCCCGGAUUCAUCAUCAGGGGACAAAAUCGGAAGAAAACGGAAAAGAAACAAGACGGUCGAGAUAAAAACACCGAAAUCAACCGAUUUAGCAACGAAACAAGAAGGUAAGGUGUCAUCCUCUGAAGAUGUCGACCUAUCUAGUAAACCAACCGAUCAACUUUUUGGAGCACAAGGAGAAAUUUCCAGUGAUCCGCUUGUUGAACCAAUGGACACAGCCGAAGAGCAAAUGGUAGAAAAAGAGACAAGAGUCCCGACAGAAAGGAAACAAAAAUCAUCCAAUCCGAUUGUUCUGAAGACCGAAGCCUCUAAGCUGAUGUUCAAGCGAAUCAAAAGUUCGCCAAGUCCCAAACAAUCUUCCUACCUUUCCAACUGUCUACACAUCGCAACUAUGGAUCAACCAGACGAAAUGGGAGCCGAGCAAAAGUUCGCCACCGUACAGAAUAACCUCGAUCACAUGAAAAUCGCCAUCGAGGUUCAUGAUGCCGUUCGGGCCGAACAGAAUUUCAUCACAAUUGUCGAAAUUAUUUCCACAUGGCUCGAGACAAUAGAGUACAGGGUUUUUCUAAAUCACCAAAAUCCGGGUGGACCGCAACACGAAGAGGAACAAAAGUACCUGCAAAUUAAAGAAGAAGUUAGUCAGGUGGACUCGAGUAUCAAGGAACUUGACAAAAUUCUGAAAGGAGUGGAACAAAAUUAUCCCGAGGAGGAUCGAGAGAGAAUUCGCGAGUGCGUCUCAGCUUUGGAGAAUCAAGUGAAAGCUAUUGAGGAAGUAACGAAAGAGGGAGAGAAUUUUAUCGCUGAGGAACUAACAAGGUGGGAUGAAUUUUUAAACGGCGUUGACAACAUUUGCAGACUCGUCGAGGAGCAACGAAAGCAACUAGAGAAUACCAUUGACAGUGAUGCGCCAACGAAAUGGAAGUUACAAGAACUCGACAAACAGGAAACAAUAAAUCAAUCGCUAAUGUGGGAGACAUCGAAGAUUCUAAUAACUGCUCGAGGAUUAUUGAGGGACUAUCCAGGAAAGACGAUUCCGGAUGAGAUUUAUUUUGCUCAGGAUACAACGACAAAUAUUGAGCACAAUAUCAAUGUGGAAAGGGAGCGUCUCUUGCAACUUGAAGCAUUAGCUAAGGAGUAUGAGGAAACACUGCAGGAGUUUGCGCAAAUUACGGAAAUCGCUGAUGAAUUGGUCGAUAGUCCGAUUUCGGUUAUUAGUGUCGAACAUCUUCAGGAAGAAAUGCAGAAGCAUAGAAAAUUCUUUGUGAACCUAAAUCACUGUCGUGCUAUUUUAGAAUCUUUGGAAGGGAAUUUGGAUUGUGAGACGAGGGCCAAAUAUUCGGUUCUUCACGAAGAGUUGCAUGCACGAGCGAAUAAUUUAUUGGAUCAGGCGGCUUUUAAGGCUCAACAGAUGGCUCUUGCGGCUUCUAGGUGGAUUUUACUGGAACAGGGGAUGAAGGAGGAGAGGGGUUGGAUGCAAGUGGCUCAUCAGAGAGUUCCGGAUCUUCAGACUGUCACUUCGUCUGAUUAUGAUCAGUAUAUUUCUCUUUAUCAGUCAUUGUCGUCAGAUGUUGGAACACAUCAUGCGCGUCUGCUGCAGCUUUUAAAAAUAUCGCAGAAUCUGCAGGAAAUGAUAAACGUCGAGGAUCCAAAUGAUCAUUACAAUGAAGCAUUGGACGUGAUAACAAAAUUGCAGGAAACGGUGGAGUCGUCAUUAAGACGUCUAUUGGCUUUCAAGGAAAGUUGGGGCACUCAAGAAUUAUUGUUGGACAGACUGGAGCAUUGGAUGCUGGUUGCCGAAAAAGGACUCUCGAGUAUUAAAGAUCCAUCUGGUGGACAUAUGCGUCAAUUCUGGGAGCUGAAGGCACAAUACGAGGUGCACAAUAAUAUCAGAAAUGAGUCGGACAAUUGUUUCGAGCAAGCUUUGAGAAUAGUGCCCCUGUCGGACGAGAUGCUGCAGAGACAAUUCCGUGGUCAACUUCAGGAGCGAUGGAAUCAACUGACGAAUGGAAUAGCCGAAAUAGAAAGCUCGAUUAGAAAGAAUAUAUCGUCUGAAGAAGUUUCGAUUAAUGACAAACUAAAUCUUUUGGAAAGAGAAUUGCACGAAUUAAGAAUGACCAUUGAAGGUUUCCAUGGAGUUCUGAAGACAGAAGAGGAAUUGGAGCUCUACGUUGAAAGACUCUCCGUACUCUUCGAUCGCACCUGUGUCAUUCAGGAGGAAUUGGGAAGACUGGGCCUCCUGCCAGCCGGCGAGAGUGAACGAGUGGGAAUUCUCCUAUCAACAGCGAGAAGAAUAGAAGCUCUGAUAAGUGAAGAAUUGGAUGCGGCUCAAUUAUUAAGGGAGCGAUUACAGUCCCUGGAACGAGGAUUGAAUCGAGUGAGAAGAGAUCAUCAGAAGCAGUCGGCAAUUCUUGAUCAGUGUGAGAAUUGCGAGAAGCAGGGCAGUGACAUUGUCGCUGGCGCGGUGGAGAGAUGUCAAUUGGUUUCCGAAGAGUUGGCAGUGUUUUGGCAGAAUAUAAUGGCUCUUCGGCAAGUGCUUCACACUCUGCCGAUGGGAAUGAGGGUUUCAGUGUCGCCGGUUGGUGUCGAGAGGGACAUUUCGAAUAUUCAGGAUUAUCACACGGAUUUGGAAGCUCGUUGUCUUCGAAUUCUCGCUUUGCUGAGAAGCAGACUUGGUCUUUGGAGGCGUUUUGAGAAGCAACUCGAAAUGGUCCAGCAGUCGGUUCAGGAGGCUGAUUACAUGAUGGAAUUGCUCACCGUUCAGGGAUCUGUUGAUUACGAUAGGCUGAUCAAGGCAACUGAACGUCUUGAGGGAUUGAAUGGUGAUUUGGGAUCUCGUCAAGUGCUGAUCAGCGAACUUGAAGAAGCUGCGGAACCGUUGCGCGAGUCGUGUGCUGCAGAAGUGAGCGAGAGAGUUGAAGCUGCGGUAAAUGAAGCUGUCCAGGCUUGGGAAGACACCAGGGCCGAGUUGGAUGCCCUUUGCAACAAAUAUCAGCACGCCGUUAGACUUUGGCAACAAUAUCGUGACGCAAGUUCAACGGUGAAAAAUUGGGUGGACACUCAAAUGGGGAGUGUCGCCAAUCUACCACCGGAAGAAGCCCUCAAGCAAGUCAAGGUUUGCGAGAACACAUUGGCAGAGCAUAAAGAACGAGUAGCUGAACUUCGAGGUUUGGUGGCACAAAUUGCCUCGGACGUUGGCUUGGAUGCAAAUGGACCUCUUCAUUGUGAAGUCGAGGCUCUUGGAAAACGUCUCGAGGAUGUUCGAGAAACGCUGUCAGCACUCGCGGAUACUGCCGAUGCAAGAGCUCUCAAUCAAGAACUCGCCCGAGAAGAUAUUUAUCAGACGAAAAAUUUCCUCGACUCCGUUCAACAGAGCAUAACAUCAGUGGGCCAUGGAGAAUCCAACGAACAACUGAAGCUUCUCCGAAAUCACCUAUUGGCCCUAACUCGAACCGAACCACAACUGCAUUCCAUCAAGGAACGAACUCUGGACACUUCCCCUCAAGAGCCAACAAUCGUCGACGUCCUCCAAUUAUGGCAACGUGUCUUCCGAGAAACCUUCCAACAAUAUCACAGACUUUCGGCGCGCCUCGUCAAAACUCAAGACGUCGCAGCUGCCCUGAGACUCUGGCAAGAGUACUUAACACACGUCCAGGAAUUCCUCUCAAACGACGUGCCAGGCGACUACAACGGACUCUCGGAACAUCGCAAUUUGUGCGAGGUCCACAAGAAUCUUCUCACCGAUCAGCAAAAUUUAAUCCUCAUGGUGCGUGUCGGCGAGGGACGCGACAUCUCCGUAUCGGAGCACUUCAAUAUACUCACGAAUCUUCAUAAUGAGACACUCGCGAGAAUAAUGGAGAGGCAUGCGGCCGUCAGGGAUCGUCUCUCGGCUUGGGAUAAAUAUCGAAUUGAUCAGAAUAAACUCUUGGUGUGGCUCAAGGAGAUUGAGAGGGAAAAGGGAAGACUGCAGUUGAGAUUCAUUCAUUUGAGUAGAAUCGAUAAGAUUCUGAAGAGGAUUGAGAACUUGCUGGAUAGGAUACCGAGUGGAGAGAGCCAGGCGGAGUCUUUGCAGGCGCAGCAGGAGAAAUUGUUGAUUAAUUGCGAUGAAACUUUGGCCGUGUCGGUGAGAAUGGAGCACGCUGCGAAUAUGCAGAGGAUUACUAAUUUGAGAGCCAGUCUUGAGACGUGGAGGGACUUUAUUACCAGGAUAAAGAGAUUGAACGAUCGACAUGUGGAGCAAUCCAGCAAGAUCACUGCCACCUUCCAAGAAGUGAGUCAAGCCUUGAGCGCUGCCUUCCACGCCGGACCCUGCACUCUCUCCCAAACCCAGCAGCAAUUGGACUCCCUGCAAGAUCUGAAAACCAAACUCGUGACCACAACGACUGAUCUCGAAUGCCUUGGCGUUACCACAGAACAACUGCGCGAGUGCCUUAGUCCCACGGACAUGAAAUCAUUGAAUCAACACUGUUACCUGCUGUGGCAGCAACACGGCGAUCUCGAGCACCAGCUCGCCCUCCUAGUUUACAAGUUAGGCGAGAGAUGUGGUCUACAUUCAAGAUGGAGAAACAGGUUAGGAAGAUUGUUAGUCUGGCUCGACGACGCAGACGCGAAGAUUACAAAUUGUGACACAAGACUGCUGGACGAGCCGGACGCGGCUCUUAAGCGAAUCGAGUGCGAACUUGAGGCCGAAAUGGCUCUGAAGCAACGCGAACUCGAGUGGUUGGAAAAUACUGGUCUGGAUUUGAUGCAAGUAGCGGAAGAUGGUGAGAAGGGGAGAAUAAAAGGAUCACUGGAUGAUCUGAAGGAGAGAUGGUCCAGGUUGUUGACGACGGGAAAGACGAGAGCGAAUAAAUUGACGGACCUAGUGCAGACUAUGAGCAAUCUCGAGAGGAGAAUUGCGGAGAUAAGAAGUUGGUUAGGGGGGAUUGAGUGUCAACUGUCAGAGCCUUUUAUGAUCGAAGCGGUGAGUCAAAGUGCGGUGGACAAGAAACUGGAAGAUCAUGAGCAAUUGCAGAAGAUGAUCGAGACUGAGAGUGGAAAUGUCGGGGAGGUGUUGAAUCUUUGUGAAAUUCUACUCAGCGAUUGUGACGCGUGGAAGGCUUCGUUCAAUACAGACGCGAUCAAGACAGGAAUGGAGGGUUUGGAGAAAAGAUGGAAAGCGACCUGUAUCCGCCUAGCGGACCGCAAGCGCCAGAUUAUUCAAAUUUGGAAACUUCUUCAGGACCUGGAGGCCGGACGAUCGAAUCACGAACUUUGGCUCACCGACAUCGAUAGUCGUGUCCUAGAACUAGAGAAUGCGGUAAAAGAUAUUUCGAAAGAAGACACUGAGAAGGCGAUAGCGAAGGCCAAGAAGAUAUCCGAGGAUAUAAAAACCCGUGAGCCUACUUUGCGACUCUUCGAGCAAACAUACAGUCGUCUUGCGAAAAGUGGACUUGAGCCCGAGAACCUAAAGUCCCUGACGAGCAGGAUUCGACACCUAAUCGACUGGUGGCAUGGCCUGAAUCAUAGAGUCAAUGUUAUUACAGCAGCUCUGAGACAAGAGCAAAAGGUCUACAGGGAAUUCAUCACUGCCCAUGGAGCUGCAGUCGUCGGACUCACCCAAGUCGACGUUCGUCUCACUGAAUUACAACACUUGACGUCGCCGAAGCAAACAACGCCUAGGAAGAAACUGCAGCAACUCGCUUCGAUUGAGAACGACCUAGAGACGCAGAAUACCACGCUUCAGAAGGCGGACGAACUGGCUCUGGUGGUCAUGAGGGAGAGUCAUCCGGAUGACGUUAAUACGCUCCAGGAGUUGGUGGACGAGUACCAAUUACUCUGGAGGGACAUAAAAAGUCGAGUGGCGAUGCUGCGGUCAGAAAUCGAGAACCAGGAGAGAGUGGAAGUGGAUGAAGCGGUUCAGGUCGAGACACUCAAGUUCGAGCAGGACUCGGCUGUUCAGGUCGACACUCUGCCUAAAUUGGUGCGAAUGACUUCCUGCGAUGCCUACCUCAUCGAACUCGAAUCCGCCAUCAACGAAUGUCGAACGGCUUUGAAUUCUUUGGAAAAUGCUGUCACUCCGGAGCCGACGCCCGGUUCUGGUCUCACUAAUGCUGGCAAAACAAUCGCAAAAUUAAUCGGAAGUUCCCAAUCAACAAUUGACCUGGCAAAGCAUUUGAACAAUUUACUCUUGAAUGAUGGGAAAUUUGACAGGGAAUGUGCAAAAGUUUCCGAAAUAGAUGAUCUUGUCACUAGGCACGAGAAUCUACUUUCACAAGCAAGAGCAAGAGAACAGCAAAUUCGAGAGAUGAAUGACGCUGGCAGACUAACGUGUCCAAUUUGCUCCCGUCGAAAUUGGGCGCAAUUGGAUAACGAUCUGUGGAGAUUGGAGAAAUGGUUGGAAUUCGCCGAGGGAACACAAAGUGAACAAUACUCACCACCCAGUGACAUUGAACAAUUAGAGGAUGUCAUUCAGGAUCACAAGGAAUUCCUUCUGGAUCUCGACAGUCACAAGAGUAUUGUCGUGAGUUUAAAUAUUGUCGGCCUACAUCUCGAAGAACACUCCGAAGAAAUUGAACUGCAGAAACGAAGAAAAGAAUUGAAAAAGAGAUUGGCAAAGGCCAAUGUUAAAUGGGAGAAAAUCUGCAAAGCGGCUGAUAGAUGGCAAUCGAGUCUGAAAAGCACAUUAAUGGAUAAUUCACAAUUUUAUCUAAUUAUUGAUGAAUUUCUUUCGUGGAUUGAAAAAACAGAGUCUGCAAUAAGAGCCAGCGAACCAAUCGAUUUGAGUGAAGACUCCAAUCUCCUAGGACUUAAAUAUCAGAAAUUCAAGGAACUAAAGAACGAUUUGGAAAGAUGUGAACCCCGCGUUUUGUCACUUAAGGAAUCGGCCGAUCAUUUAUUAGACGACGAUAAUGAAGCUCGAGAAAAAUUACAAGAAUUAAGACUCAAAUUACAAUCACUACGGAGACUGACUGGUGUUUAUGUGGUUAAAAUUGGAGCCACUCUUGGUUUAGACGCACGCGAUGUUGGUCUCAUUUCAUCAACGUCCUCACUGGCAUCUCUGUCUCGCGACCUUCUCGAUGAGGCCGCAUCUGGAACUUCUCAACUCAACGACACAACAUCCACAGAUGGUGACGAGGAGGAGACAAAAUUAAUUCGUGGCUGCCGAUUUUUGGGAAGAGUUCUUCGCGCCUCUCUCCCAAUUCAAGGAAUGAUGUUGUUACUCUUGGGAGCUGCCUCGUUGGUUCCUUCAGCCGAGGAAGAUUAUAGUUGUAUGCUCUCAAAUAAUCUUGCGAGAAGUUUCACACCUCUAGUCGAAUAUCCCAACGGACCUCCGCCUUUGUAAUGUAUUUACGAUUUACGAUUUACAAUUUUCAAAACUUAAGAGAAAACUUUUCCUAGUCAAAAAAAGAAACUCGAAGAAAGUGAGAAUUUCUAGUAGUGAGAAAAAUAUAUCGCCAGUGAUCUACUUUUUAAAAAAAGGAAAAUCACGAAUUUGUACAUAUAACUUGAAUGGACCAAUUGGUAAACGAAAAGAAGAAAAAAUAAUCAAGCCUUAAUUAAGAAUGUUUAAUUAAUGUUUCUUUGUAUAUUAUGAAUGGUGUGUGUAUAAAACUGAAGUCGUUUUCAAAAUGAAAAUUCACAAGCGCAUGGAAUGGAAUUAUGUAAGAACAUUUUUUUUCUAAUGUAUGUAUUUGAUACUUAUGUUGAAACGUAAGUAUUUGAAAAAUGAAAAAAGCGCUGGUGCUAUUUCAUUAACGAAAAAAAAUUGUUUACAAGACAGACGCACAGAUUUUUUUAAAUAAGAAAAAAUUGAUUUAUUCAGCUUGAAAAUCUCGGGGUUUUUCGCUUUAAAAUUCAUAGAUUUCUCGCUUUAUUGCACAUUGUGCUUUACUACGUAUUUUUAUAUAAAAGAAAAAAAAGCAGAGCUUAGAAGGUGGUGUAAAAGUCAAAAAUUGAUGACAUAAUAUAUUCCUAUGAACAUUAAAAAAAAUACAAUACAGUU